AUGUUCCUUGGAGGAAGUAGUAACAUUUUACAAGAAAGUGCUUACUUGGACAGCCCAUGGUAUGAGAGCACACGCCAGGCCUGUCAGCUCCGAUUUUAUUACCUAAUAGAGGAAAACAACAGUUUGAUACUGCAGCAAUACACAGAGGAGGUAAGAUUUCAUUUACAGCCAUUAAUGUACUUUCAGCUGUAUACGCUAAGCACAGAUGGACUUUUCUUUUGCUGUACCAGCAAAAUAUUAUGAUGAAAAAAGAAACACUAUUUAUUUGCCAAAACCAGUCAUUCAUUUCAGAUUUACCUUAAAGAGAUGAAUUUGCUAUUAAGUAAUUCGUAUCCAAGCGCUAAUUAUUUCAUGAUUUUAAUAUAUUACAUUAAGUACUGAAUAAAGUAUAAAAAAAGCUAAAAAUUCUGAAAGAAUGCCUAAAUUGGAGCUCUGUAUAACCUAUGCUCAAUUUAAUCAUUAUCAUGUAAGGAGGUUCUGGGCCAAGGCUCCCUUCCAUCACUUGCUAUAGGUCCCACACAUAGCAAAAUACAUCGUACGGAAGCUAUGUUCCCUAUUCUUGCCUAUACAAGUACUUGUAUGGCAUGUUCACACAGAGUUGGAGGACAAUAUUUGAAGGUCAACUGUCAUAACUUUUUCGCUCCUCAUUUUGUUUUUCAAGUUUAUUAAAUUUCAUGAAACUUCAUUUUUUUUUUUUUUUAAAUGACGUAUAUUCUUUUUCUUUUUUGAGAAAUUUUCACUGGCCGAGCAACAUUAACACUGUUAUCUGAUCAACUCCUGCUCAGCUUAAUGUGCCUGCUGCAGUGAUUAUUCUAUGUAAAACUGCAGCAGCAGGGAAGUUAGGUCGAGUAGCAGUUGGUCAGAUAAAAGUAGAGUAUGCAGAUAAAAAAGUGAAAGUUUCUCAAAAAAAUAAAUAUACAUCAGUAAAAAAACAAAAACAAAUCAAGUCUGGAAACAAUAUUGCAAAAGCUAAUUAAAUUUAACGACACAUCUAACUUUUCUGGAUUGUCGGCUCUGUUCGGGUUAAUUUACCUUUCCCCGCUGACGACAAUCAGGGCAUGCCUUUACCUUUAUAAAGGGGUAUAGUGUGUUACGAACCAGCACUUAUUAUUACUUGUAUAUAUUUGCACAAAACAUGGUAGGUGGGAAAGGUUAGAUUUGUCCAUACAAGUGUUUUUAAUUGUUAUUUAUUUUUAUACAAUAAACAUUUUCUUACUCUUGGAUUGGAGGCUGUAGUUCCAAUUUUCAAUUUUUAAAGUAGUAUAUCAUCUCUCAGAUUUGCAUUCUGUAACCAAGUCUUAUAUAAGCCUUUAAUAGGAGCUGUACCACUAUUUGCCAAAUGAAAACUGUUUUAAAAACAAACUAGUGGGAGAUAUGUUGGAAUGUCUGCACAAUUCCGUGUGGCUAAAGCAGCAGUUAGCAAAUGUGUAGGACCCUUUGCUAGUCUGACAUUGUGUAGAUUUAUGCAUAGACUGGUGGCAUGUGCCUUUAAUGCUCUCCCUACUGACCCCCUUGGGAUAUUUCUGCAGCGUCUGUGGCUGAUGUGGCUUCAGACUUCAAUGAGUAUGUAUACCAUUCCUGUCCCUGCCAGUGACCUCAGGAUCAGAUGAGACAAUGAUUAUGAUAUGUAAAACAUAACGUAAACCAGUUGUCGUGAGUAGAAAUGGCAUUCGUGGUAAACUGAGGCUGCGUCUCUUGCGUAUGCAAAAAUCUCUGUGAAUGUUUCAUUAUACUGUGCAGGUCAUACUGAUAGGAGUUGCAUGGAUAUAUUAUGAAACAACUUAGAACUCCAGCAACCUUCACCUGUCAGUUCUAUAUAUAUAUAUAUAUAUAUAUAUAUAUAUACAGUGGGACCUCAGUUUACGAAUUUAAUACAUUCUCUGGGACGUUUCUUAUUGCAAAAUUUUUUUAAACCGAAAUGCGGUUUCCUAUAGGAAUGCAUCGAAAACCAAUGAAUCUGUUCUGGAGGUCAGAAAAAAGUCAAUAUGAGCUGGCAUGGAAACCAACCCACAACACACAAUAGAAUGCAGAAUGCAGGGGGGCGGUGCUAUAAACCUCCCAGGUGCAAUGCUUUGUAUUGCGAAAUUUUUUUGUAAACGGAUGAAUUAUUUUCAAUGAAUUUUCAUUUAUCGUUUAAAUUAUGUUAACCGAGGCGUUUGUAAGCCGAGGUCCCACUGUAUAUAUAUAUAUAUAUAUAUUACAUUUUCCAUAUGUGUAGGACUUUUAUGCCCCUUCGUUAAUACUUACCCUCUCCCGGUGUGCCUUAUGCUAUCCAGAUGACAAAUGUUAGCGUGAGAUUUGGUCAGCAGAUCUGUUUAACCACAGAAUGUCAAAGAAUUCUAACUGUAUCAAGGUGUUCCAGUCUUACAGCAUCAAUCCCAAAUGCAUUUCCCCCCAAAAAAACAUCACAAUCUACUUAUUGAAACUAUGCUUUUGACACUGCAUGAGUUAUAGAAAAUAAAUAAAAUACAGGCAAAUCCAUUACCCUGUAAUUUACUGAAACAUCUACUUCAAGACACUCAUAUUACUUAUUAUCUCUGUAUCCUAAUCAUUUAGUUUGUUCCCUAAAUUUGUGUUAUCAUUUCACAUGAAUGGAAUUUGAUUGCUCACUGAUGUGAGCAUUCUCAGUUUUAAUUGAUGCCUAGCUUUCUGAUAGUCUCACAUUUCUGCCUAAGUGGAUGCCAUUAAAAAUCAUUUUUGCUGUUUUUUUUUUUCUCACAACAUUUAUAUAUUAUUUUAAAGGACAACUUCUGACUUGUGUUCAGUAAGUUACAUCAAUGUUUAUGUUUUCAAAAAAGUACAUUUUCUUUGUAGGUAGAAGAAAUACUUUUUGAACAAAACACAUCAACGGGAGGUCAGUGGUUUAAAGGGGAAAUCAAUCUGCAAGAAACGUCAAAAAGAUUUAAGGUAUUCUAGAUGUCAUCAUUGAAUUAAAGUAUUCUAUUCAUUAAAACUAUGUUUUUUGAUCUAUUAAGGUGGUGAUUCCAAUUAAACUUAUGCUGUUAGCUGAGGAAACAAUGGUUUAAUGAAGAAUUAAAAGGAGCAUGUGCUUUACGGUUUUUCUCUUUUGAGCUCUAUGUUUUUCUCUAAUGACAGCCAAGUGAGGGUAAUUAAAAUUCUCUCUCUUUUUUUUAAAGAGAAAUAACUACUAAAGGGUGGAAAAAUAUAAAAUUGAUUUGGACAUUAAAAUAAAGUUGACGUGCAACAGUCUGUAUAUAAACAAGCAAAAAAUGGUUCUCAAAAAAUAGAAAUGUUAUUAUUAUCAAAUCCUUCUUGACAAGAUUCUUUGUAUAAUACUUUCAAAAUGAACUCUCAAUUUGUACACAUCCACAAGUAGUGAUUCCCGACCAAAUCGUUCGCAUUCCGCAUCUUCUCCUCUAAGCCAGUCUCAGUCUCAAUCUAUCAGCAUGAUGCUUUUCACUCUGCCCCUUGGAUCUUUUUCAAAUGCGAGCUCUGUUUCGUGGGCCAGCAUUAUUGCUUUAAGAGCAGUAUGGGAGAUGUAGUCCACAGCACCUGGAAUGGUGAAAGUUGCCUAUUCUUGCAAUAUAGGUAUUCAAGUGCAGGGCCUGCCAAAGAGAUUUCCCCUGUGUGCCUCUGCCCCCCAGCAGAUCAAUGGGCUGGCAGGUGAUGAAGAUAUUUGAUCUCCCCACCGGCUGUUCCGAGAGAUGCGUGUUCUUUUGUUACUGUUGUUUUUCACAAUACGUGGUAGGGGUCUUUGUAGAAUCACGUCCGAAAUAGAUACUGACUCAUCUAUAUGCAAAUUAAAUAUUUCUGAGAUAUAAGAAAUGUAAAGUAAAUUCCAAAUUAAUUUCAAUACUGUAAUUAUUGUAAUUUUUGCAUGUGUGUAAUGUUUUCAUAGCUUUUUGACCUACGUUCGUUUAACAGACUGUGCAUGAAAAUCUAGUAUGUUAUCAUUUAAACUAUUAAUAACAUAUGAAUAGGCAGUUUUAAUUUUAGUUUAUUCAACUUUAUGUUGAUGUUAUAGAUAAUUGAAAUCAUGAAUCAAAGAUUUGCUUCAUUGAAGCAUGAUCAUUUCUAAUGGCUAUUUAUGAGCAUAUAGUCAGUAAUUAUCCAUGGCCAAUGCUUUUAAUUCUAAAUUGGGUACUCUGGAGUGUUACCAAAUUAACUGCUAAUUUUACCAGCGAUUGGAAGUGUUAACCACUAACCAGUAGACGAUUAGGUAAAAGGAUACAUAUCUGUGAAUUACAUCAGCAGAUCUUGUUGGGCUGGGUUCAUAUGAUGGUUUUUCAGCAAGAGGGUCACAAGAAACUAUUAUACUUGUGAAGGCCCAAAAAAAACCCUCAAACCAAAUGGACAUUUUUGCUAGGUAACUCCAACAGUCGUGGAUGGGUCAGUUUGUCUAAAAUUUAUUCAGAAAGAAACCUUAAGGAUUUUUCUCACGCUAUGCAAUAUCAGUCAGAGCGCUCUGAUUGGUUGGCUUGUAAGAUAACCAAUCAAAGCUCUAUGACUGAGCUUGAUAAGCAAGGGAAAGUCCUCAUAUAGGGUUUCCCUGCCUUGCAAGCUAAUUCUGGGCUUUUUCAGUUUUUUAGUGUUGAUCCAGUUUUUAUGGUUUAUUUGCAUUUAUUUUAAGAUAAAUUGUUUCCCAACAGGUAUUUAGACACAUUGGGGCAUGAACGAUGUAUACAACCUCACUUGUUGGUUAUAGUGACCCCUGUAAGCAGUUUUAAUUAUGUGCAUGCUGGCUGUCAGUGCCCUUAUGGGGGGAAAUAGUAACCUCUACUCUCAAAGCAACAAGCCAUUGGGCCUUUCGGCUGCUUUGGGAUUAGUUCAUGUGUCAUCUUGGAGUUCUUCUGAUACUGAUUCUCAAAAAAACAUGCAUAAAACUCUAAAAUGGACAAUAACAAUAUCUACUAGGUUAGUUAUUAUGGUGAAAUAACUUCUCUCUUUCCCUGAUUUUGACAUAAUGUAAUUUGUACAAUUAAACUAAUCUGUGUUUGUAUAAAAAAAGGAAGAUUUGAAUGCUGUUAAAUGUAUUGGACACUCUAAGAUUAAGCAAACCUAUACUUUAUUAAUGUAUUGUAGAAAUAUGAUAUUAGUAUUCCUGAUUACAAAUAUGAUAGUGUUAGUGCAUUAAUAUAUUCUCUAGCCAUAAAUUAUAAAUCUGUGAGGUCAAUAAGAUUUUAAACGAGAGAGCAUAGACUCAGUUGCCCCUAGGGUGACCUAGCCUAAAUAUAUAAUUUAAUAUAUAUAUAGAUAUGUCUGUCUAUUUAUUUUCUAUUUAAUAAGCUUUCCAAAGGAUUUGUCUACAGAAGUCCCAUUAAGGUCUACAGUGAUGUUUGUACAGUGCCAUCCACUAAUAUUGGCACCCAUUGUAAAUAUAAGCAAAGAAGGCUGUGAAAGUUGUCUUUAUUGUUUAACCCAUGGGUCGUCAACCUGGUCCCUACCGCCCACUAGUGGGUGUUUCAGGAUUCCAGGUGGGCAGUAGGGAUUUCCUCAUUUUGAGAGAUUGGGCGAGCGGGUACCGCCAUCACCAUUUGCGGCCCCGCCCGCCGUCCAAGGGAUCCAUCGGGUGCUGUCAGGGCUACCCGAUGGAUGUGGAUUGUAAGGGGGCCCGGUCUGCACUGGGCACUUUAACAGCGCGACUGAACCCUGUGAUUACAUCACACGCUGGGAGGAAGUGACUGCACAUCACUCCUCCCAGCUAACACACAGACUGCGCGGGAGAAAGACCAGGGAGUCAGAGUAGGAACUCUGACUCCCAUCCACCUGAGCCACCACUGGACCCCAGGGUAUGUCACCCUCCUGCACCUAAAAGGUAGGAAACAGGAGGGUGACUAAAAUAUUUUGUGUGUUUUUGUUUGUGCGUAUGUGUCUUUGUAUGUAUGUCUUGUUUGUGUGUGUCUUUGUAUGUGUGUGUGUGUGUCUUUGUAUAUAUGUCUUGUGUGUGUGUGUCUGUAUGUAUGUCUUGUGUGUGUCUGUAUGUAUGUGUGUGUAUGCGUCUUUGUAUGUAUGUGUGUCUUAUGUAUGUGUCUUUGUAUGUAUGUCUUGUGUGUGUGUGUCAGUCUGUAUAUAUGUGUGUAUGUAUGUUUGUCUUGUCUGUAUGUCUGUAUGUAUGUGUGUAUGUGUCUAUGUAUGUAUUAUGUGUUUGUCUUUGUAUGUGUGUGUCUGUGUGUCUGUGUGUCUGUAUGUAUGUGUGCAUGUAUGUGUGUGUGUGUGUCUGUAUGUGUGCCUGUCUGUUUGUAUGUAUGUGUCUUGUGUGUGUGUGUAUGUAUGUAUGUAUGUAUGUAUGUCUGUCUGUUUGUAUGUAUGUGUCUUGUGUGUGUGUAUCUGUAUGUGUGUAUGUGUGCCUGUCUGUUUGUCUGUAUGUAUGCAUGUCUGUUUGUAUGUAUGUGUCUUUGUAUGUGUGUAUGUGUUUCUUGUGUGUGUAUGUGUGUGUCUGUAUGUGUGUAUGUAUGUGUGUCUUGUGAGUGUGCCUGUCUGUUAUAGUGGGCUAUAGUAAGUAAUAGUAAGUGGGCUACCUAGCUCAGCCUUCCUACUGGGCAUUGCUAUAAGGAAGGUUAAAAAAUAGAAAAAAGGAAAAAAAAGUGGGGAGGGGAAUUGAGGAGGGAGAGGAGGGAAGCUGACGCACAGAUGAGAAAUCAUAUUAUGAGCAAACAGAGAAGUCGUCUGAAUAUCACCAAAAGAGGAGACCUUUGUUUGUUCCUUACGAAAAUCGAACCAGAUAUCAAAUAUUUAGUCUCGCAGCAUCAACCUCAAGGAUCUCAUUAAUCACUAGUAAAUGUAAUUUCAGUUUAUUUUAUUGUUUUCUCAUUAAACUUUAUAAAGUUAAAAACAUUAGAUACAUGCAUUAAGUAGAAAUAAAAAGAUAAAUGUACGUACAUUUAUUUUUUUAAAACGCCCUCCUUUCUUAAAAAUAUUCUGCACUUACGCGAAAACUGGUGGGCGAUAAGGAAAUUUUUCCUUCAAGAAAAAUGCAUUAGUGGGCGGUAGGUAGAAAAAGGUUGACUACCACUGGUUUAACCUUUUGAUCUUUUUUUUUUUAAAUACACAACAAAUCUCUGGAUAUCAAACAACUGCAAACACAACACAAGUUUAAAAAAAUGUAUCUCUGUUAAAUAUUUAUGUGGCACAAUUAUUGGCACCCUUUUAGUCAAUACAAUUAGCAGAGGGCAGUGUAGAUAAAUCAUUUGGAGAGUUUUUCCAACAAUAUUGAACCAGUUGGAACAUUUAAAUUGAGGCAUAUCUUUCUAUCUGUCUCUCUAUCCCUCCAUCUAUCCAUCUAUCUAUCCAAUGGAAAGGGCAUAGGCAAAGUGAAUUAACAGGGUAGCCAUGAUAAUUAGGAUACUGAAUGAAGGUAUGGCCAUUGGACACUCUAAAAUCGAACAAACCUAUUCUUUUUUAAUGUAUAAUAUAAAUAUUAUAUUAUGAUACAAAUAUGAUAUUGUUAGUGCAUUAAUAUACACACUAGCUAUAAAUGACAAAUCUGUGAGGUCAAUACAUUCUUAAAUGAAAGAGAGCAUAGACUCAGUUGCCCCUAGGUUGACCCAGAUCCUAAAAAACGCUUCAAUGAACAUGGUUAUUGGUUAGAAAUUUAGCUGUCACAUUUAGACUCUAAACGAAUUGCUAUCUGAUGUUGAGCAUGUUUUUAGGAUUACCAACUAAUUUGCGGUAUAAAAGAUCAAUUUGAUACUCUGUAUAACUGGCCUUUGUGUGAUACUCUGUAAAACUGGCCAAAGAGAAUUUUACAGCAUUUUUGUCAAUUACUGAAUUAUGAUUCUACAGCUGCCCCAUCUUGGAAAAAGUUUGGCUUUGGUACGUUUCCAAAAUGAAAACACUCAAAUGAAAGAAUCCAUCUGAUAGGAUGAUCAAUACCAAUCCAUCAUUAAUAAUUACCUUAACCCAAUGGGUAAAAGUGCACACUUUCUUAAUGCAAAGUUUGUCAGUUUGCAGAUUGUAUGCAUAAAUUACCAUUCAAAAUUUUCACAGCAUUAAUUUAUUUUGAAACAUAUGAAAGCUUGUUUUUGAAGGAAGAAUUAAAGACAGCCAAGGAUACAUUGCUUUGGAUGGGCUGGGAGUCAUUGGCUCCACAAAGCUGCCUGAACCUGCCAAAGAAUUUUGCCAUAGCCGACAGUCAGCGUGUGAUUUUCAGCAGGAUUGUACUGAUGGAAGUGAUGAAGAUCCAAAAUAUUGCAGUAAGUUUAUUGCACAUGACUAAUUAUUCUCCUUCUCGAAUCAAUACACAGAUACACACACACACACACACACGCACACGCAUUCACACACACACAGACAAACUCACACACACACACAUAUUACUGUACAAUGUAAGACACAUUGUGCUCUUGUUUUCUUUCAAUACAUGUGUGUGUUUGUGCACAAAUAUAAUACGCAGUGUACAUUAAUAUAAAUAAACAUAAAGGCCACUAUAGCAAAAAUUUUAAAAAUGGUUGAUUUGGAGAAUUUUUUUCCAGUUUUUCUACUUUUUUUCUAAACCAUAUCACUGUCAGUACACCACAAAUCCUGCUUUGCUGAAUAAGUUCCACAGAGAUGUUUACUUAUAGUUAGUCAGUUUGAAAUAUCUGCAAUAAUAAUUAAAAUAUAAAACAAACACGCUUAUUUACUAAAGUGUGAAUUGCCAGAAAUGUUAAAUGAUUUGAAAGUGGAUUUUUGGGUCAAAAGAGUAAAUUGGAGAAAUUCUCCAAAUCAACACUGUUUUCACAAUUCAGUUAUUUUAGCUUAAAAAUUAAUUUAUUAUUAUUGAAUAACUCUGAUACUGUAGAUAACAGUAACUGAGUCUAAAUAAAAUGUUAUUUACUACAGUUUUAACAUGACGUGUUAUUAUACCAUAAUUCUCAUAACGUGACAUUAAAUUUAUAUGUAGUUAAUGUAAAAACAUGUGUAGCAGUUCAGCACUAAAUAAUCAGCAUCCCCUGACAAUGACAAAUAUUCAAACAUAUUUUUUGAUAUGUAGGAAAUUUUACCAGAUGUGACUUUGAAUCUGACUUUUGUGACUGGAUUGUAAUAGAAACAGAUGGCUUGAGUUGGAAGGUAGCCAACAAAAAAAAGUCAUCUGAUCACAACCUCCCAAAUAAAGACCAUACAACUAAAACAGAAUACGGUAAGUAUAUAUUAUAUGUCAUAUAUUUCUUAAAAAUAAUUUUCUAUGUCUAACUUGUAGUAAAACAUUUUAUCUACCUUGCGUCUCAAGCUAUUAAUGCAUAACAGGAUGAAAAGCAUGAUGGCAAUUUUACACAAAGUUACAAAAUAUUAAUCAACUUAAGGAAUUUGUCAUUGUGUGUUUUCCAACUAAAGCCAAGUUGGUGGAACAGUUCCAUUUUGAAACUUCUGUCCUAUUGUCCGGGCCGCAUGUGACCUAGAAUCGCUAGCAGUGCGGCCCGGCUGCAGUCUGGGUGGAGAGGGACUGGACUGGGCCAUCCAGGCUGACAGUUCUAAAAAUAAAAAAUCUGUCAUUGAAACAAUUUUCCCCUCGGACUGAGACGGCCUGUGUUAGUCUGAGGGGAUUAAUGAAUGGUGUUCUGGGGGAGGUCGGAGGGAGCACUGUGAGGCACUGUGAGGCUCCCUUCACCAUUCUCUGCAAUUCCGUGUCCAUGUGUGGAUCUCUGAUUGUGUGUACAAAUUUGUUAUUAUGCGCAUAGGUCUGUGAGUGUAUGUGUGUGUCUGGAAUUAUGUUUAUAUAGGUUUGUAAUAGUGUGUGUGUGUUUAUGUGAUUGUGUGUGUAUAUCUGUGGUUAUGUGUGCAUAUACAUGUGUAUAUAUUUAGUAGAUAGCGCCCUAAUUUGGUAUCCUUAAACAUGGCAAUUCCACAUAAGGAUAACAAAUAAGGGAGUUAUCUACUAAACAAAAUUAAUAAAAAUGGUUUUAAAGUUUUAGUAUAUAAAUUAAUUAUAUGAUAAAUUUUAUGUGUGGCCCAAGAUAAUUCCUCUGCACUCAAUGCGGCCCAGGGAAGCCAAAAGUUUGGACACCCAUGCUUUAAACUGAUCCACCACAUGCUGUGCUCUCCCAGUUCACUUGAACCAUGGUUGACGUCAUUAAAGGGGGUGCAAGCGUUCUCUGAAAUGUCAUAUCUUUUUAUGGUCCUGAGCAUCACCAGAGACAGUUUGCAUAAAAUCCCUGCACAGGUCUGCCCCUACAAAAUUGGACUGUUUUCCUUGUUUUGUACCUGGGGAAUGUUGUCUGGUAUAUGAAUGGAGAUAUAUAAUGAUUGCCUUGCUUGUGAGUUUGCAUUUUAAAUUUCUAGAGUGUAUUACUGAAAAACAUAGAAUGGAGAAUAAAAAGCAGAAAAGCAAGUUUAACGUGUUAGCAGCUUGGUGGUGAUAAUUAGGGGUUGAAUGGUAGCAGGUUGUGAAUCAUGCUCUAAAAUACAAAGAAUCUGUUAGUUGUUGUUACAAGGUUGUUAGCGUGUUCACGUUUAAUUGGUACAGUGAAUGCAGUGACUGCAAAGAUUGUCCUGAACAAACAGAGAAGGAAGGAAGUGGUAUCUGUUUAAUGGUAUGAUGUACAUGCUUGAAUACAAGGUGUAAUGGUAAGGAGGUGGCAGACAAGGCUAGUUUCUAAGAAAAUGGUAUGUCCAAAAAAAAAAGCAUUAAAGAAAGAUAAACAAAUGAUCUCUAUGUAGAGCUGCUAUUCAAUAUUAUUUGUUUAUCUUUCUUUAAUUUUUUUUUUUUGGACAUAAAGUCGUAUAUUCUUUAUUAUAGAGGUAAGGCACUGAAAAUAGAUGUAUACAGGUAGGGCCCUAUUCUUUUUAGUGAAGCAAAAACCAAGAAAUCUAUGGUGGGGAACAUUGUGAUUAAAAGCCAUUUCCACCUGAAGUCAGUGGAUAGUCAAUACAUUGUGAAACACAGAUCUGCCCACCAGUCAAGCCAUAAGACCUGCUUUUCCCACAUAAAGCUCAAAUUUGCUGUGAUAUUAGUACUGCAAAGGAUUCUGGGUGGGAAUAUGCAAACUAGUUCAACAAGGAAUCCCAUUUUUGCCUCAUUACUCCAUUUUAAACAUGGGUUCCUUGGAGUUUGUGUUUGCUGUAUUCAACAGCUUUAAAACCAAAAUCAAGAAGAGAUGCAAAGCCAGUGAACCACUUAUGGACAGCUGUUUUGUUGUUCAGACAACUCAUCAGCAUAAGGUUGGUUACUGGUUUGCUAUUGAGGCUUGGCAUCACUUGCAAACCAAAAAACAAGAAGUUAUCGUGGGGAAAACUUGUGAUUGAAAACCCCUUCAACCUGAAGUUAGUGGAUAGUCAAUACAUUGUUAAACACAGAUCUGCCCACCAGUCAAGCUAUAAGACUUGCUUUUCCCACAGAAAUCUCAAAUGUGAUUCUUUAAAAAAAAAAAAAAACUAAUUUGCAUAUGUCCACCCAGAAUCCUUUGCAGUAGUAACAUCAGUGCAAAUUUGAGAUUUCUGUGGGAAAAAGAAAGUCUUAACUUGACUGGUGUGCAGAUCUGUGUUUAACAAUUUAUUGACUAUCUUUUUAGUGAUUAAUUAAUGGAAGGAAUUUGCACUCAAAGACUGUACAAUUUUAAAAGGAUCAAAUGCAUUAUGUUGGUUUACAGGAAUAGUUCAAAGAGAAAAUUAAAAUGUUACAUAUGUGGAAUCAAACUGAGAUUCUCUAUAAGUAAUUACAUAUAGCUUUCAUUUAGCCUUAUGGCUAACUAAAACAGAAAGGUUUCUCUGGAUAAAGAAAUGUAAAAAAAAUAUCUUCUGUGAUAUAAUUCUUUUCAAAACAUGCUUCUCAUGGAUACAAGAGAUAAGUUGAUACAAACAAUAUAUCCAAGAAAAUAAUCUAACUCAAGGCUAAACAACACAUGUAUUAGAACUGCACUAUAUUAUCUAAAGCUUUACUUAAAGCUGAGUAGGAUUAUAACAUGUUUGAUCAAAGUAUAAACAUAACAACAUAGUAUCAAAUCAAGCUUAAAACCAAUGUAAGAAUUAGCAUUAUUCGUUAUUAUUAUCUAUGAUACUUGGUGUAUCAGCCUCUUAGAUCUGGGCCACAAUAAGUAUGGAUGAGAUAAUGUUUGGACCAUAUCCUAACAUGACUCUUCUGAUAUAAAAUGAACGGGAAAAUCUCACAUAACAAAAUACAAGCUGUUCCUAUGAUAGAAGUUAUUUAAUUUAUUUAUGACCUUGGGGGAUAACAGGCGUGAUUUUGUGAGGCAGGAUUGGCUUACAAAGGUAAAAGCAAAUAUCUAUAAAUAAUGCAUUUGUGAAUACUAAAAGGAGAUAAAAAAAUACAGGACUACUUAACAAAAAAUCCUAGUUUUAAGAGAAACAAAAUAAACCAUUUGAAGUAUCAAAAACAUUUGAUCAAAAAUGUAUUAAAACAUUUUUUUUUUUAAACUUUACUUUUAAUUAUGUCUAUGCUAAAAUAUUUUGGGCAUUCUCUAUGUUCCGUAGUUUGUAUUUUAAAUAGAGUAUUGCUUUGAGGAGUAAAAAUGGCUUAACUUUUCUUCUAUUCUCCAAUAAAAGGCUGCUGAUAUAAAUAAUUUAAAUUAGGCAUGUAUUAUACAAAAGCAAAAUGUAUGAACUUGCGGAAAGGUUGUUCACUCAUCCAUUGCCUUGUCUCUGUAGUUACCAUGUAUUCAAAAUAGCAAUAUGUAGCAUCCUUGACAUUAAUAAUGUACCAUCCUUGUACAAGCCCAGGGGGUUUCUCCAGUAUUUUUUGCACUCAGAUUGUGGUCUGUUCACUAAACUGCAAGUAAUGGUGAGGUUACGUUGCAACAUUAAGUUAAAAUAGGAGAUAAUUCUCAAACCAGCUUUGUUAUUUUUUUUUUCCUAAAUAUACUAUUUGAACUUUUUUUUUUGCAUUUUGGUUGUUAACUAAAUUGUGCUGAGACCCCCUUUGACUUUUACCAAUAAAUUCAACUAUCAUAAUCACAAUGUUCACUAUUAUGCAUUAUUUAACUUUAGAUCUACAAAGCACGACAGAAGAAAGUGUUCAUGUCAAUGUAAACAGAUAUUAAACUGAGAAUGUGUUUUCACCUUUUCACACUUCGAACUACCAGAUACAUCUGCCUUUUUUUCCUAGAUCUCAGAAACCUAUUGGGAUGUCCCUUUAGGUUACGCAAAGUACAAUAAAGAGUUUCUCUGUUUUUUCUUGUGUAUGAUCUGUUGGAUUAGAUUCUCAGAUGCUGGCUUGGCAGAGUUUCAUUGCAGUAUUUAUGCAUAUGCUAUACAGCUAGGUACCGGGAUCAUGUAUCUCUCUAGCAUGGAACGCAGACAAUUUCCGGAAGCCUUUGCCAGAUCAACAAGGCUCCCUCCUCUGUCUUGUAUAGCUCUUAUCCUAUGCAUUGUGUCCUAACCUGCCCCUUUUGCUUAUGAUCUAUUUUCAAAACCUUAGAUGUUGUGACAAAUGCUCCUUCCCACGUACGCUUGCCAUGGACUCCUGGAGGAGUGUGGAAGCCGGCCUCCUGCCCACCGACUAUGGUCCAGGUCUGGGACACCAUUUUGAAGUUACUCUGCCCAGCUGCCAUUAACAGCUUUCCCUGGGUGCCCUUGGUUCGGCACUUUCCCUUCAUAAGAAUGGAACCGAACGCUGGCUCUCUGGCAGGCGUUCGCAUGAAUCAAACCCAAAAAUAGUCCCAGCUGUACUUAGCCGCUACCACUAUGGAACUAAAUUCGUCAUGAGGACUUUGUGGGUUCCCGGUCACCUCACAGGGGUGUUUCCCCUACAUUGCAUGGAUAAGAGAGCUAUUUGAAGAACUUUGGCGCUCAAAUCAGGGCUAUUUAACAAUGUAUUAUUUGUGGGGUUGUUUGAUGUUUUUAUUAUGUUUUUGGGUAUUUUUAUGUUUUAUAUUUUUAUGUUUGCCUCUCUGUUCCUGGGAGAUAAUUAGCUUACCGGACUUUAACUCAAUUAUCUCCCAGGCCCAGAGAUUCCUGGGAGGGACUUGUGUUGAAGACAAUGAAGACCCCCUGCUGGGGUCUGUGUAUAAAUAGGCUGUGUUUGAAUGCAUUAAACCAGUUGUACUCCAAAAGUUAUGUCAUCUAGUUACUGGGAGGGGAAAUGGCUAAUCACUGUUCCAGCUUGUUCCAGCUCAUGGAUGAUUCAGUGGGGAAAGUCCUUGUAAGGACUAAAGCUCCCAACGCUGUGUGUCAUCCAGUCCCUGGGAGGGAAUAGAGCUAGUCCCCUAUCCUGCUCCAGGAGGACUCCAGCCAAGCCAUGGUGACUGGGGCAGAAGCACUGAGAUUUUCCCCUGUUCCAGCUAGGAAGCGGUCCUUGGUGGAGGUACCCAGCCAGGGUACAGGGAGCUCCACUACAGAUGUGCAUUGACUUCAACCAAUGCCUUCUGUUCUCUGGUUAGUGACUGUUCACCUUGCGUCUAAUCCUCUCCCUGCUUGCUACAAUCGGAGAUAGUGGUCAAUGGGUUAAAUAACUUUUUGGCACACUACUUGUAAUUCAGGUUCCAGCAUGCACAAGUCAAACUUACCACUGAUUAGAUGAGGUAUUUUAGGAAGCAGAGUCAGCUGCACACCGAUAUCUAUGGUAGCCAAGAUGACUGUUGUCAGGUGAUAUAAAUGGUAAAGAGUAAAUGUGUUUCACUUUUGUUUUUCUUUAUGGGUCAAACACCAACUUUUUUUGUUUACAUUUUUCUGUACUUUUAUCUUUUUAUUUUACUUUUUACAUUUAAAAAAAUGUCCUACCAGAAAAUGUCAUGAUCUAAUGAUCUAAUAACAGACCCAUAAAAAUGUAUAACAGGUUCAGUGAUCACAUUAUGUGUGCUUUACUUCUUGUGAUCUUAAUUAUGCUAAGCAAGUGUCUUCUGCAGUUUUUUAAAUUCUUUGUCCCACUCAUUCCUUACUAAAAGUGUGUUCCAAAAAUGAAAAUGAGAAAUAAUGUAAAUAUUUGUUAGACUUUUUUUUUUAAACUAGAAGAUCCACAAAUACUAUUUCUACUACCAGUAUUUGUCUAUCCUUUAUUUUACCACUGUGGUAAGGUCUGGACCAGAGGAAGCCCUUCAUGAUGACAAAUAUCCACAUUUACUAUUAUUAGAUAAAGUAGCUGUUGCUGGAUGUUACUUGUAACUUUCUUUUAAUAUUAAAACAUCUACCAUGAUCAUCAUCUGGUUCACUUCAUCUGCUUCAACCUUUGUCCUGAAUCUUUAUUAGUGCAACCACACAAACACAACCUCAAUGUGUAAGGUAUAUAUAUAUAAAUCUGUUACCUGGAGUAGAUGAAUUGAUCAGAAUACAUUGGGAUAAAGAUACUCCAUAAUACGGUAACAGUUAAAGAGGGAGUAUGCGCACUGUGCCUUUAGAGGGCACUGCUCUUCUUUAUAGCAGGAAGCAGGAGGAAGACAUGGGAAAAUAUUGAAUAUUAAAAACAAACAAAUAAAAAUACCACAAAUAGGUAGUCCCAGAAUUAAGUCUUUGCUGUCCGAGACGCGUUUCACCUUGUCAAAAAGGCUUUUUCAAUCGGAAUCCUCUUCUGUGCGCAAUCUGACGAUUUAUAUCUGACGGUUUCUUUUUGAUAGGUCCUCUUGCUCCUUCAUUAUCCAAUCCGUUGGCUCGUAUAGAGGGGUGUAUGUUAGACUAGCUGUUGGUAGUUAACUCCGCAUAUACGGAAGUGACGUAUCGGGGAAUCCAUGACGUCACUUCCGGUUUUACGUUAUCAUCAUUUUUUGUAUUGGCAUCUGCCCCAUUGCUCUGUACAUCGAUGUAACUCGGGCGGAUUGUUCACAGUGUUCAAUAAGGUGCAAUUGAAAAAGAACAUUAAGGAAACAGUAUCAAUAGACCCAUUUGAGAAAAUAAAAGAGACAGUAUUUAUAAAUUUUUUUAAAUAUUACAGAGUAAAUUGUGCUUCAUUAUGUAUACAAUCCAAAAUGUAAUUUUGUUAGUAAAGAAGAAUUCUCAUUGUUAUUGUAAUCUUUAGUGUGAAUUUAAAACAUCCUAUAUAUUCAUACUUUGCAAUCCAAGGUGCUAAAAUAAAUACCAACUAUCCAAAAGGAUACUAUAGAUAUUAAAUAUAUGUAUAAAAAGUCAAUAAAAAAUAAUAAAAAUCUAAAAAUAAUUUUAUAAAAAAUGACAAAGUUUGAAAUCAUUAUUUAAACCACUUGGGUGUAAAGUGUCCAAAUUGAAUAUCCAAAGCAUCUCUGAUUGUCCCAUCCUUUUAAUUAGAUUAUCACACCUCCAAUUUAUUGUCACUUUUUGAAUUCCCAGAAAUUGCAGUUUUCCAGGAUCACUAUUAUGUAAAUUUUUAAAAUUGAGAAAUACAUUAUGUUUUGGGAAACCAUUCCUUACAUUCCUAAUAUGUUCCUGUAUUAUUACUUGUAAAGGGCGGAUGGUUUACAGAAAUAAUGUUUACCCUUUUGAUUAUUCUUACCUAUCUUUGUCAUUAAUAUUUUUCAUUUUCUUAGGACAAUUCAUCUACUUCAGUUCGAGUUUGGUGGAAGACAACAUGCUCUCAUCUUCGUGGCUGGAAUCCUCUUUCAGUGUGAAACCUUCAGAAACUAAUGCUGGUUGCCAGGUAUUCAUUUAUAACUAAGAAUUAAUCAGCUUCUCCAUAAAUAAUACAUUUCCAUAUUGAAACAAGGUCCAGUUUUUUUUCUUCCUACCUAAUAUGCCAAAAUCUCCUAUACUUUCACAAUUUUAAUUUUCCACUUUCUAUUGACGCUUCAUUGAUUUUGGAUUCCAAACUGAUUUAACACCAGUCAGUCUAACAUAAGGAAUAUGUUUGUUCAAGUGCAUAUGAUUUACUAGGCAAAUAAUUAAGAGGCUAUUUGUACAGAAUUACAAGUUUUAAGGAAAACUGUCACUUCAAUUUUUUUUUAACAUAAUAAACCUUUCAUAAAAUUUUGAAAGGAAAACUUUUUUUUUUUUUUUUAAAUCAAGUAGUGUAGUUUUGUGGUUACACUUGUCCUUUAAGAUGAAAAACUGUAAUAAUCAGAAAAUUAUUAAAAUUAUUAUUUUUAAUAUAUGAACAACCACAAGUGAAUGUAGAAAAGUCUGAAAUAAAAAAAAAAUAUAUAAUGAUGCUCUGCCUAACCUAUGAUUACUAUAAUUUUGUAAGUGGACAAAAUUCUGGAAUGAAAGAAGUAAAAACAAUGACAUUUGUGCAUUUAAAAACAUCAGUGGUGAGUUAGCAGGUGAAAGUUGAACAUUAAUAAAUAUGCAUAUAUAUAUUUCUAAUGUAGCAUGAUUAAAUCUGAAACAAGCCCAAUUUUAUACUGUCAUAUAUGAAUUAAUUUCCUUACAUACUGAGAAUUCUUAAGUGACAUACAUUUUUAUAUAGUUCAAUAAAAUAAGAAAACAGCAAUCUACUUUAUUUUCACGUCCUUAUGCAGCUCUGAUCGGUAUGGUUAGCAUAGCUUAAAGGGACACUAUAGUCACCAGAACAACUACAGCUUAUUGUAUUUGUUCAGGUUAGUAGAAUAAUUCCUUUAAGGCUUUUUGCAGUAAACACUAUGCUUUCAGAGAAAAUGCAAUGUUUGCAUUAAAGCCUAGGGAUACCUUCAAUGGCCACACCUCAUAUGGCUGCUGGAGGUGCUUCCUGGGGCAGUGCUGCACAAUUUGACUGACAUUCCCACCCUCUGCAUGGAGACACUGAACUUUCCUCAUAGAGAUGCACUGAUUCAAUACAUCUCUAAGAGGAGAUGCUGAUUGGCCAGGGCUGUGUUUGGCUUGUGCUGACUUGACAGUCUCAGCCAGUCCAAUGCUUUCCUAUGUGAAAGCAUUGUGAUUGUCUCAGAACGCCACUUUGAUGAUGCCAGCCAUGCAUGCUGGAAUAAAAGUGAUAUUUUGGUAUAUUUAGGGGCACAAGUGAGGGCCAGUGGGGACUAGAUAGUGGUUUUUGUGUUCCUGACUCUAUAGUGUUCCUUUAAAGCCCAUUGCCAAGUCUGUCUCAACACCUAAUUUGUCUGCUUUCACAAUGAUGGACUCAGAAAAGAUAACCACUGCACUUUAACUUAGUAAGCCUUUAUUUGGUUUUACCUCAGUGUUUCACAAAUUUACCUUGUCAUGAAUCGAAGUUGCGUGAUAUGCAGCCACAGAUGCCACUACAUAUUUUUAUUAAAAACAAACAAUGUCUAAAAAAAAAACAAAACACAAGGUCAUGCACUCAUUAUAACUUUCAACAAAGCAAUAUGGUUUAAUGUACAGAAAUAAACAAAAAUAAAGGAUUUGUUUCAUGUAUGAUAACACAUGAACAGGGCACGGUCUCAUAUUUGGGAAUGUUACAGAUUUUGUGGGCCUUAUAUUAUGUUUUCCAUCUUCCUAUAUAAUAAAGUUGAUAUCUGGCAGAAAGAGGUGGCCCCAAUAAAAACAUUGAAUGGAUCAAGCUGGAAAUAUGGGGAAGCCAAAUGUAAAAGACAGGAGACUCAGUAGUUUGGAAACUAAGUAUCACCACCCUUUCUCACCUCAAUGGGAGUCUUGCAAGGGUAAUAAUUACUGUUUCACAGCACAAGAUGCACUGUUUAUAGUUGCUUUAUUUGAAAUGAGAUAUGCAUGGGCCUAUAUACAACCUGUUACAGAUGUUAUCAAAUGAUAACAAGCAACAGCCUAUACUGGGUUUAAUUGGUACAUGACUGUUUGUAAGAACAAAAAAAAAAAUGUUUUUAUACAUUGUAACAUGUUACAAUCCAUACUUACAAUGUAAAAAAAAAAACGAUUGGCCUUGAUGUAAAUCGUGAUGCACUUUACAAGCAAGUGAUUAAAUAGUAACUACAAUGUAUCCCGCAGUGGCAAAAUUAUUCAGAGAAAUCAUUUAUUUAGAUUUGGAAAAAAUAAAGAAAACAAAUUCAGGUGAAUGCCAGAUCCUAUUUACUAUUUUACGUACAAUAGUUCUUCAGUGUUUUUAGUUGUGUGCGGAAUGGUUGCUCAUGGUGUGAAAACAAACAUAAUCCGCUGGCCUUGAAUCUCUACUGAAAAUAUUAGUAGGGGAGAAUUUAAUGGAACCAAGCAAUUUUAAUAAUCAGUAGGGGUUUCCUUUUUUUCCCCCAAGAAAUCUGUGAUUGUUGAGUGAAUAUUGUAAAUUAUUCAUUUUGGAAUAAAGAGGUUAUAUGUUGUCAGAGUAUUCAGAGGCAAAGCCAAGUCUUCCCUGUGUAUAUCCUCGUGCCUGCUGUUUGUUUUUCUAAUUACAGUAAGGACAAGAACUGCACAAGAAAAUAUAUUUUGAUGAAUGUAGACACGUUCUUUAAUAUAUUUUCUACAGCGAUGUAGGGCCUCCCUACAUCUGCCAUUCACAGUUACCAAACAAUAACUUUUAAAACCCUCAGAAAUGUAUUAUUCUACAGUAAUAAUAGCACCAGUCCUAUAACUCUGGGUGAUGAUCUCCAAUUAUCAAACUGGCAAUGACAAUCGUUAAACAAACAGCAGCAUUACAUUUAAUUUGUUUAAAAUGAAAUGUUAUAGCAUUAAAUAAAAUGUGUCUAUUGGAAAAACAAACACCUCUUAAUGGACUGGGUAUCUGUAUUCCUAAUGUUACAAUCCUGAUGGCCCUAAAUAGUUUACGCCCAUUCAUUUAAAAAAAAAAAAAAUAGGAAUACGUAUAAAAGAAACACUCAUCUGUCCUCCAGUGCUGAGUCCUCCUCGGCAUUGCCGCAUCCUGGAGACGGGCCUCCGGGAUUAUGGGCCAAUCCAAUGCUUCUCCUGCAGGAGCAUUGUGAAGUUCAAUGCAACUACAAUUCCUCCAUAGAGAAUGAUUGUAUUCAAUGAUUCUCUAUGGGGGAUGGUGACUGCACUGUGCACGUGUGCAUCGUAUGAUAAUUGGGAAGUAAGAUUCCAAGCUCUCAUACCCAGAAGGCUUGGAGGUGUGACUUGAAGCUGGGCUUUCGAGCCUUCUAUUUAGUUUAAUAUUUGGUUUUGGAGUGUAGUCAGGGGGGCAGACUGCAGGCAGUUUAACAUCUGCAAUACGAUGAAGUUGUUAAAGUGCUUAUAAUGUCGCUUUAAAGUAAAGGGAUUUAGCUGACAAAUAGCUUAAUAGAAUUAAGAAUUAGAUCUUAAUAGCAGACAUCCACAAUCAAAGUCAUCCAAAAGCUUGUUGAUGGAGUUGUCGAAGGUCUCAAAGCAGGUCAGUCAAUUAGUAUAUUGAGAAAGCAUACAAAUACAAAUCUCUAUUUGUGCAUCAGCAUUUUCAUAAUUGAACAUAAAGAAAGGCUUUUUCAAAAUCCCAAAUCAUCUAGUAUGUCAAUGCAUUCUGCUGCAUUAAUAUGUCAAUUUGAUGGAACUAGGAGCCUAGUCUAAAUCAUGGUCAAUACACCAAAACCAUUAUUAAUCCUUAGCAAGCUUUAGAAUUGGCACUGUGGGAACAUGUAGUAUUUUGCAUGGAUCCAUCAAAACUCAGGCUCAUCCAGAUAUUGCAAAAUAGUAAAGAGAGACUUCUUUACAGAGACCAUCAUUUCACUGCUACAAAUUCCAAAGGCAGUGAGCGAUACAUUUUUAUAGAAGAUGAUUUUAGCUUUUUGUGUGGCUGUUUGGAUGUACCAGCUAAUCAUGGAGCUCCCAGUAAAGAGUUAUUAAGCUGACAGUGCUUCUUCUGUCCUUUUGGAACUCAGUGGACUGCAUUGCCUACAAAGAUCAAUGACUUUCAUGUUGUAAGUAUGUUAGCAAUGAUGACAGAACUGUUCCGUUAUCUCACCUGGCAUACUACUUUGUAGGUUAGCUGCUGUUGGCCUUGAAUGAUUUUUUUUCACAAUAAUAACGCUUCCAACUAAAUGGGGCAGCUCUUGCAAUGUACACAUUUAAUUAUUUGACUCAUUGGGGAUAUCCCAUCCUAAGGUGUCACAUUGAAAAGUAAUUUAUCAACACAACAUCAUAGCAUUGUUGAUGUGUGCUUAUGGCAAGUGUGAACCUGAUUGUUUCUGUCUACCUGCAAUAGGUGUUACUGUUCUAGUCAGUUUCUGUAGUGGAAUUUGGUGUCUUCUUACUUUUAGACUUAUGAGCCCAGGUUCUCUUAGCAGAGUACUUGUUUAGUCUUCUUUCUGAAUCCCAAUAUCCUCAUAGUCUUCAGUGGAGGAAUUAUAAGCAAAGAGACCAAGAGAACCCAGCCCAUAGUGCAUAUCACCAAGCUUCACAGAUGAACAUAUCAUGAAACCCAUAAAACAUUUGGAUAUAAAACCCCCCAAUAAUGCAGCAAUUUUAAGUAAAAUAUACUGCUCCCAAUGGACAUUGUGGUCAUUUAAUAUAUUUCCAAAAGUAUCCUUCAGAGCAGAGUUGGCCAAAAUGUGCAUUUACCAUCGUACUACAGUUUGAGGACUGAAUGGAUGAUUGUCAUUAAAUGAAAACAUAAAAAUGGAAUUAUGGUAUAGGAACAUUUAUUUCUAAAUCCACCUCUGAUCCAAGUUUUAAGUGGAGAAAUGUAAGUUUUUUUUAAAGUUAUAGAAGAUAAAGACAUAAGCGGUUACUUAGCUCCUUAACACAAAGCUUACUGCUUUGCCAUCUCUGAAUGUCCACUGGUAGGACAUACAAAAGAAGUCGAUGGUAAACUUUAAUGUUCAGGAGUUUCUAGAAAUGUAGUGUUAACGUCUUACAUUAUUCCUUUUUCUUUUCAGUACGUUAUUCAGUUCACAGAGUGAAAAGCAGGAAUUGGAAUCUAAAUGUUGUGAGAGCUAAGGGUGGUUAGUUCGCAAUAUCUGAAGAAAGAUUGCUGGAGCAGAUUUGUUUUGAAUUUAAAUUGAAAGGACAAGACAAAACAAUGUCAAACUGACCAAGGUCAGAAAACAGAACAGAUAGAAAGCAAGAAAAUAAUAGAUACCAAGUGACAAUUAAAAAUCAAGGUGAGGGAAGGUUGAGAACAUGGAAGGUUAUAUACUGAAGGUAAUAACAGAAGUAUAGAAUUGAAGGAAUCAUAGGAAUGAAGAAUAUGGUUAAUUUUUUUAUCUCAUCUAUGGAAAAAAGGAAGCAAUGAAACUAUGUAGGAAGUCAGCUUGAUUUUGAGCUGAGUCGAACUGUAAAGCAAUAGCAAGGAAACUACAUUUAUACGUAAGGCUCUGUUCAGAUCUCAUACAGUCAUUGACACCUGUACCUUGUCUUCAGGGAUAUGAAAUGCCUUUAUAGUUACUUUUGUCUAGGAAUCAAAGAAGAGUGUUUAACACAGUGAGAAAAGUAAUCCCUCUCAACGAUAGCUGAAAACCCUUGGUGCAUUUUUAUUUGAAGUGCAGAUAAGACAAGAAAUGUAAAAACAUGCACAAAACUUUAAAAUAAUGUCCUAAAGAGGACAUAAACAAUAGCUACUAAGUUGCAUGUUAGAUGUCAUUAGCAUUAGUCUUUCCCUGAUUUUAACAUAAUGUAAUUUGUACAACGAAACUUAAAAUAAUCUGUGUUUGUAUAAAAUAAAAUGAAGAUAUGGUGAUUGGACACUGUAAGAUUGAACAAACCUAUUAUUUUUUAAUCUAUUAUAUAAAUAUUAUAUUAUCAUACAAAUAUGAUAGUGUUACACACUAGCCCUAAAUUACAAAUCUUUGAGUCAAUAAGUUUUUUAAUUGAAAGAGUGCAGAGACUCAGCUACCCAUACGGUGAUCUAUCCUAAAUAUAUAAUCUGUCUGUCUGUCUGUCUGUCUGUCUGUCUGUCGAGAGAGAGAGAGACUGGGUGUAGAGGGAGACAGCAGUGCAAUAGAGAUAAGUGUCUUCUUGUCCCACAGAGUACUCCAUAUAUAUAACUAAUCAGUGUCUGGUUUCUGUACAAUAUUUGUACAUGACUUUAAAUACAUUCUGACAAUGAGCGACUAAUUAUUAAAUAAAACUUUAGUAUGAAAAACAAUAUUUUUUAAUAAUAAUCAAGCUCGUUAUUUAUGCAAUAUCACUCCCCAGAAUAUUAAAACACAUACAGAACAUCGAUGCUUAAUUAAAGGUCAUCUGGAAAUUUAAUUAUAAAAACAAAUACAAUUUGUGUUCACUUCUGCUAUAAAAUUUUACUUUCCUUUUCAGUUGCAUCAAUCUCUAUGCGCUUAUUCUCUUCACAACUUUAUUAAUAUUCUCCUGCAUAGCUUGUAAAGUGCAUAUGAAGCUUCUAUUUCAGCAUAAUUAGACAUGCUCUUUCCGAUCUCACCUUGCAAGCCAUAACAUUUACCUUAAGUAGCUGGGAAGUCAACUGUUCUUUAACUUAUUCGAAACAAACACAAAAGGACAUAGAGGGUGAAUUAAUAAAAAAUAAAAUCUAUAUUCACAAGAUUUCUGCAGCCUUUUGCAAUACAAUUCAUAUUAAUAUUAAUAGGCAAUAUACAGCAGAAUGGCAUCUUGUUAAAAAGACUUUUUCAAGACAUGACUGAUUUGACUGGUAGAUGAGCUGUCACUGCCUUAGCAUUACAUAACUGAUUAGUAUUCUGUAACCACCUUCCACAUAAAAAGUGUCUGUUGAUGGUUGUAACAUUGUCUUAUUGCAAGUACUUGCCACAAAUUUUCUCUGAAGUUCUCUAAGUGAAAUUUCUAACAGAAAUUGUACGCUUGCAGGAAGACACUAAUAUGACAUUUGACCACAUGAAAGAUGCAAAGUAGUAAUUUUGCACGCCAGGGGUAUCAAAGCUUUCAUUUAAUCUACUCGUAGUUGAAAGCUUUAUUUGUGUAUACAAGUUUGGAAGUAAAUAUAUUUCAAACCAUAAUAUGAAAACAAUUCUAAAAUUGCCUGGAUUGGAGAUUGUAUCUAAAUCAUCUAUUUGAGCCUCAAUUUAGGUUCUCGUUUCACAGAAUCUUUCUGUUUACUGGAUUAAGACGAUUGUUUCACAUUCUGUGCAGGUGAUUUAAUGCCAAUGGACACCAUGCCAGAUAGUUAUACUAAGGAAAAAAUUCCAAGUCAUCUAUGCGGGACAUUGGACAAUUUAAGUUGGGUUUGGUUUCAACAAUAGCUGAUUUGUUAUUACAAUUAUAUAAAAUACCAGAUUGAAAUGGACUCUUGAAACUGAGCUUGCCAGCUGUUGAAAAUUUGAUGUUUCAAACCAGACAAAAAGGAACAAUGAAGUAGUUAAACAUAUAGUUGUCCUAGGAAGUCCCAAUAUUAAGUCCCAUCUGUGACCAUAAAGGGAUGCCUAAGCUCAGCAACAAUAUUUAUGUAGGAUGUAGCACUUAGAUGAUGCUCAGUUGGUAUUUAGGAGCCUAAUUCAUGCCAAGAAAAUAUUCCUCACAUCUUUUCACCACUAAGGCAAGCCUAAAUCGUCAACACAAGGCAUGAUGCAAUAAUGGAUUCAAAUUUGUCUCCAAAAUUUUAACCUGCAAACUGCACGAUGCAACAGAAAUCAAGAUUCAUCAGGCAAAAUGUUUUUAAUUUUCUACUGUCCAGUUUUGGUGUGUCUGUGCCCACUGUUGCCUAAGCUACAUGUUCUUUGCUGGCUGGAAAAGCUGUGGUGUUCUUCUGCUGCUGUAGCCCACGCAUUUUGUUGCUGCCACAUGAUCGUCUUAUAGUAGAUAUUUAGUAGAAUGUAAAGAUAAGCAUUAAAAGGGAGGUAUUUAAAUGUUUCCAGUAACGUGGCCACUGAAUAUGUAUUCCAGUACAAAGUAAACUCAUGGUGUAGAAAAGAUUGCAAGAAUAAAAAUGUAGUGCAAUAUCAUUUGAAUUCUUCAAUUGCUAUUUUUAGAAUACAACCAUAAACAAAAAAUGUAAUUUUUACAAAUAGUUAACAUUCUUAAUAUGCAAUUGUUACUGUUAUAACAAUUGUCACUUUUUAUCUUCUUACAGAUCCGGCUUUGGUACCAAAUAAGGGGAACAGCCAAAUUAUCCGUUUUUACGAAAUAUGUUGAAAAUGAAGGUUCACAAAUGCAGCUUGUAAAGCAAAUUACGGGGCCAUCUAGUAACCAGUGGGAAAAGGCGACCAUUGAUUUCAUCACUGAUUCCAAAAGCAUGAAGGUAAGAAUGUAUGCAAAAUAAAUAUUUUUUCUCAUUAUACAUCAAUCUUAGAUUCCUAAGAUCCAAUAACUCCCCCCUCCCCCAGCCUCCCUAUGUAUAUGCAGAAUAGUUUAUUGAUCAUUUUUCUUUUGAGGAGGGGAGUAAAACAUUUGUUGCAAAACAAACAUUUUACAUAAACCAAUCAUACACUGUCACUCAUUUAAACCAACUAUAAUAUGUAUGGUUUUUAGUAGUUUUGUAAUUUUUUUUGUAGUUUUGUAAUUUCUUUUCUCAGGACAGACACACACACACACACACAUACACACACACACACACCCUUUAGACCCUACUAUAACAGGAGCUUUGCUGCUCACGCAUUAAUCCCUUCCAUUGAGUCAUGUUAAAGGAAUGUUAAAUGGUCUAUUCUAUAAUGACAACUUACAUUUGCCAGAUAUUUUCCCAAUAUAUUUCAUUAAAAAUCAUGGAAUUAAAUCAGACAAUUUUUGACAUAUUUUGCAUUAAAAACAUCCUUCUUGACACUUUGAGCCAAAAUGACAUCACACUAAAGUUAAGUAAUGAUUUUAUAGACAGUUUCCAUAGCUUAUUUGGUACAGUUUAACCUAUUAAAUUAAUACAUAUCAUGUAUGGUGUCAAACCUCUUUUUUAAAAUAGUUUUUCCCCCUAGACAGAACACAUUAAGAAAUUAGAAAUAUUUCUUAUGGCAAAAGCAAUGUCUAGAAUAAUUAACAGUAUAAACCAAAAAAGGGCAACAUUUUUUGAAAGACAUACUCCAUUACGGUGCCUAGAGAGAUAUCAGCUAUGCCUCACUGAUGAUGCCUAACAAGACUGAAAUGAUUGUCUGGGGUUGCUGUAUCUCUCGUGCAGAGGGAACUUGCUGGCAUUUCGGAUCUGGACUGCCCAUAUAGGUGGGACCAGUCUGAUAUGUUUCAGAGAUGUUCUCUCUGUAGUGGCACAAGAUGAGCUAAAACUAGCUUGAGAACUAAGCGGGGACCCAACAAAGGGCAGGCUAUUUCAGCUGCUGCCUGUUCUCAGUAUUCUCUUGCGCCCUGUUUUUUGCUCUACAUACUCCAUUAUACUUAGAUAUAAGAAUUCUUCUUCUGUUCACACACUUUAUAUUGCCUUUCUGCUGUGUUAUAAAUUAUUGCACGAUUAACUUAGUUUAGGCUCUCAACUUCCGUAGAAAUGAAAUUCAAUGUGACUUCAAAGUAUAUAGGAACAUUUUAAAUAGGAUUUUCUUAAUGACAGUUCAAAGAGAAUAUAUCACUAAUUAAGUGAUAUAAAACAUGUUUUAUGAUGUCUUUCAUGUUGGAUAAAAUGGAUUGCCACUCGGUAAUGGAAUUCUGGGUAUUCAAAACAUUCUGAUUAAUAUUUUGUAUACUUUUAAUUCCAGGAUAGAAUUAAAAAGGGGCACACAUUUAAAGUAUCAUCGUUUUGAUAAUGGAACCAACAGUACAUGCUAAAGAUUGUUUUCAGACCCAGUUAGAAAAGGAUUAAAAAAUCUGGGUGAUCUUGUAAAAAGGAAUCAUUUAUAGACAGCUUUAACUCAUUUAUAUAUGUAAUAUUUGGGCAUUGUUACCUCCUCUCUUCAACUGGCAAGCCUCCAGACCAUCAAUGAUAUAGUCAAAUUUAGCAGCUUCAAACUUUAACAAUAUAAUGACAAUUAUAUUUUAGAGUUAUGCAAAUAUAAAUUCCAAAAUUCCUAAACAUUGUUUCAAUCAAAAUUCUUGAUAUUAUAUAAAAAACAAGUAUAAACAUUGGAUAGAUACAUAACUACCCAACAAAACAAAGAUAAUAUAAAUAGGAUAUAGUACAAUAUAAGUAAGCAAAAUAUAUAAAAAAAUAUCUUUAUUUUUAAAUAACAGACAAAAUUUGUGACUUGUAAUACCUUUUUUAUUGGAUUAGCAGAAUUGUGUCAUGACAAGCUUUCGGGAUAACCUCCCUUUCUCAAGUCUAAAGCAUUUCUGGGCAAAGAUGAGACACAUAGAAUUCAAAGUCAAGUUGUGAUAUACAAGAUAUCUUCACACAAGAUAUUUACGACCCUCUGCAAGAAUGGUGUCUAUUUUCCAUUAAACUUGUGUCUUAUCUGCAGUCAUAUUGCUUUAACUCCUGUAUCGCAACUCAACUUUGAAUUCUAUGUGUUGUCUUUGCUCAGAAAUGCCUUAGUCUAGAAAAAGCGAGGUUCUCCCGAAAGCUUUUCAUUGCAAAAUUCUGUUAGUCCAAUAAAAAAGGUAUUACAAGAUACAAAUUUCAUCUGUUAUUUUACAUCUACAUCACUGGACUAAUACAGCUACAAUCUAUAUUUUUAGCCACAUUUUUAAACUUUGAAUUUAAUUGAGUAAUGUAAAAUAUUAUGUCAAUUAUCACUUCGGAUUUCAGACAGUAAUGUCUUGCUAAAAAAAACUAUUGUUAUUCUUAGCAUGGACAUACAAAUAUGCCAUAUUCAUGCCUGACAAUAAUAUUACUUUUUGUAUGAAUAUGAGUUAUUAAGAUUAAUACAUACAUGUGUUGUAAGUAAUGUAUUCAAUAUUUCUUUUAGAAUAAGAGACUAUGCUGGAUGAUAAUAUUGAUGUCAGAUGUCAUACUAAUGACAUUUUAUCAGCACAAUGCACUUUUCCGACUCAAAAUAUUCUAAUAUGAUCUGUGUUUUUAAAGGUUUCUUUGUAUUUCAUUUAAUGUUAAGAAACAUAUUAUCUUUUUUGUACCUUUUUCUUUUACAACAUUUAUCAACAUUUAGUUGAUAAAAAUAAAACGCCACAAGGGAUUAACUAUAUAACUGCGUAAAAUCUACACUAUUCAAGCACUAUAAUACUCUGCAGUAUCACAAUUCUGUAUAUUUGAAUCCACAUGUUGAUGUUUCUAGAUAAAUAAAAGUGUUUAUGUAAUAUUUAAAUGGCUGUAAUGUCUGAAUAUUUCCCCACUUGAUUAAUCCUGCUCUUAAAAUCAGGUGUUUUUCAUCUUUUUGUUAACUACAUUUUUAUGAAAGUGUAUUUCUAAGAUGAUUAAAACACUUGGCCUGUUUGUAAACAGUUGUAGUUGCCUAAAUAGUGACUUGAGCAGAACCUAGAAUGUUUGGUAUUAGACUCAUGCAUUCAUUUUCAUCCGAGUUGCAAUUCAUCCAAUCAUCGGAUCAUCCGAAUUCUGUAACUACUCUUACAUCUGACGGCUUAUCAGGUAUAAGGUAAUGUUGUAUAGGGCCAGGAGAUGGCCAGUAUAGCUUAAAGGGUCGGACAGUACCCAAACCUCUGGCCCUGUAUUUGCAAAAACAUAUGCACAAUACUGAGCCAACCUUGCAUUAAGCAAAGCACUGGGAAUAAUUAUUUUUCAGGCUGAACAAUCACAGUGCUCUUACUGAAUAUCCAAGGUAGGAGAGGCCUUAUAAGAAUGUAAUGUUUGCAUCAUUAACUGUGUAAUAAUGCAACUUUGUUAUGAUCCUUAGAACCACUAUUUAAGAUAGAAUGUUUAAAUAUAAGUUAUGUUUUAAGCUAGCAGAUGCAUACUAUAAGUAGCUGUAGAAAAACAGAACAAACGAAACAGAGUCCGCGGGGAGAGACACACCCAGGAGUUAGUGUCUCUAUCCACAGGAUCUGCUCACCAGUGAAGCCCUCCAGGGGUGCCUCAGGGCUUAACCCUUUAGUAUCUUAAAUGCAAAAAGAAAAUUUGCACACCACUCACACGCUGUGAGGGGAUGCUGCCUGGAAAAUAGAAACUGUAACUUAUUGAGAAUAACACUUUAAUCUAUGAAAAGGAUACACACUUGGGACAUAGUUACAAGCUUUAAAAGGCUUCUCCUAUGCCUUAAUCUAAUAUGGGUUAGAUGGAGGGCAGAGACGAAAGGGUAGGCAUAAAAAUGACAUAUCAUUAAAUUAAUAUACAAGUGUGUAUCUAUAGACUUUUUUUUACAACAGGCUAAUUACCACACUAUAAAAAAUAAAUCUCACCCUGAGAAAUACUAUGAAGUGAUGGGAGAGAGGAUAAAAACAAAACGUCAUCAAGUCCUGAAAAGGUUAAAUAGCUUAGAGAAGUAUAAACAGGAAAAUUCAAAGUAUAUAGACAAAGCCACAGUCCCUUAAAAUCGAACUAGACAGGCGUAGGAGGAAAAAGGAAGAAAAAGAGAAAAAAAUUAAGUCUCUAAAAUCAUAAUUCCAGCGGAUUUAGUCAUACAAUUCCUUCAAUUCACAAAGUGUAACAUAGUGAGGUGAAGUGCCUGAAAAAUAAAAUAAAAGCAACCACCCCAUAGGAAAAAACAACCCGACGUGUGUUUCGGUGUGAACACACGUGCACCUUCGUCAGGGACAAACAGUGAACUGGAAAUAGUCUCCUCUAUAUAGGCAUGUCCCAGAUGGGAGCAAUCAAUCAGGACAGAAGUGAUACAUAUCACUCAGAUUGUAGCCAUGGGAAAGUCCACGUCAUCCUGGUGAGUAACACCCACAGGCUUGUAAUCCAUUCAGAAGUCGGAAAGGGUAUCAAGAAAAAUCAUGAAUGAAUUAGAUCGUAGUUAUAUGUUGGAGUGAAUUACCCAAAAAGUCCCACAAUCUAUAUAAAACCACGUACAUCCCCCUAUGGUAUGUUCAAUUUAUCUAGAUUUGUAAUAGAGAGGGGUGAUGAAACCCCAAGGUGUCGAAUAUUACAGAAGUGAUAUAAUGUGUAAAGUCUCUAAACUAGAUCAUGCAGCACUCAUAACUAAGAUCUCGUUGAAGAAUAAUACAUACACCAAAUUAAUAUAAAAUUAACGGAUAAUUAAUAAGUACAGAUAGCAACGUCCCGUGAGGAUAAGACAAACGUCUGGGUAAAUUAUAAAUAGGAAUUAGCGAUGACCCGAUCUGGGUCACAUGAAAUAUGUAGGGGAUACUUAAUCCCGAUCCCUUAGAUAAGUACCAAUGACGAGCAAAUCAAUAAAUAAAUGGGAAACUAGAGGGUAGGUAAGUCCAAACUUCCCUUCACUGUGUAUAUAAACGUCCCUAUGUUCAGCCGCUAGCGGAGGUAAUAGUCAUUAAACCGGCGCAGUCCCCAAAGUACAAAGAAGCUAAUCGGCUCCUUUUGGGGGCGUGUCUUACCACGUUAUGCAAUGAAAGACCUUAUGAUUGUAGUGUAUGUGAGAUUCUCAAGAAAAAUCAACACUGCGCAAAACUGUAACUGAAUGUGAUAUGAACUAUCCAAAGCAAAAGAAUAAAUAAAUAAACGUGCCCGGACUACCACCACAACCACUUACACAUCUAAAGGGCUCACCAUUUGCAUUCAUUUGGGUCAUGUUGCUGAAGGGUUUGAGUUUCAAUUCAUUAUUAGCGAUUUUAGCUAUUGCAUGUGGUGUAAACUUGCUUUUUUUCCUUAAGUUUACAUUAAGUGCAUAAAAAGUGUCUACCUUUACUGGCUUUGGAUACAUAGUUAAACUAUGGGCAUGGCUCUUCGGGUAAAAUACAAAGGAUGCUUUAUACACAAGUAAAUAGCCUCUACAUAACUAUCUGCAUGUCCAGAGCUGGAUAUAGAAGGGGUAUUUCUGGAUAUCUUUUUGCCUAUAGAAUUGUAUAUGUUUAGCUAGCACAAUACACAAGUGAAAUAAUUAGAAGAAUGACACUGGACUCCAUAAUAUUAUGCAUGACAAACUCCCAUGAAUAGUGACUGAUGAUACUUACAUUGUCAUCAUUAUUUUAAACGAUGCACUAUUUUUAUGAAAUUUCAGAUCAUUUUGGAAGCCUCCAUAUUUUCUUCUAAUUCCACUGUCGCCAUUGAUGACAUAAGUUUAUCUCCAGAAUGCCUUCUCUCAAAUAUCUCAAAUUCAGGUAAAAUACUGAAAUGAUAUACUUAUGGACACAUACAGCAAACAAUAGUCACUAAAUUCCUGUAUCAAUCAGACACUUGUAAAGAUAUAUAAAUCGUGACUGAAUUGUGCAAAAAUAGACUAUAUUAUUAAUUUUGUAAUUAUCCCUUAUCAGAAGGAACCUACUUGUUUUUCAAUAAAUAUUAAUUGUAUCUGGAAUAUGUAAUUAAAAAAGAAAAGAAAAAAAAGUGUAUUUUAAAGUAGCACUCUAAGCACCAAUACAAUUUCCCUUAGUGAAACAGUUUUAGUAUAUAAAUGAUGUUGUUAAAGUUUCAUAGCUCAAUUCUCUACCAUUUAGUAAUUAAACCACUUUUAUUUCUGUUUAUUCAGCCAUAGCCACACUUCCCCUGAAAGUGUUCACACAGCCUGCAUGUUAAUAUUGGUUUCAUUUUCAAUCAGAUCUGAAAACACAGUGUGUUAACUUUAUACAUUUGUAUCUCUGUUAAUUGAAAUUUAGUCAGAAGCAUAAGACGGCAUCAUGUCGGCUCUUGCAGGCUCUUAGCCAUGCAGGAGAUAAAAAAUACUCUAAAUUAAACAGACUGUGAGAUAAAGGAAUUUUAGACAUUAAAUCUCUGUUUACAGGAUAUGCUUAAGGAGAAAGUGUAGGUCACAUGGAGGGAGGUGUGAGUAGGGCUGCAUAAAGAAAGGGAUUUAACUCCUAAAUGGCAGAGAAUUGAGCAAUCACAGAGCAGAGGCAGGAUAUAUGCUCUAAAACCACUCGCUUAGUUUAAAGUUGUUUUGGUGCUUAGAGUGUCCCUUUAAAUAGUUUUGGAGUCUAUGGUUCAAACUACAUUUUCUGGAGAGCUGAAUUCAGUCCACAUCAGCACUUAGCUCUCUGUCCAAUAAUGGAACACUAUGAGUAGAGCCUGGAAGAUUGACGGACUGUUGCCACAGUCAUAUCUUUAUGUCAGUUUUACAUAUACAUUUUACUAAAACCUAAAUUAAUAUUAGGUCAUUUUCUUGUUCUUUAGUACAGCAGCAUAUCUAAUAAUAUUUUUUGUGGGCACUGUAAGUUGGACAGCACAUUUUCGAGUGGAAUUAUGGUUACAGAAAAUGUUAGUUGUAAUGUUAAAUGAAUACUUGGUUGGUAUAUAAUAUUACGGAAAGACUAGUACAACUAUACUCUACUAAUAAUGACAUAAUAUCUUGUCUGAAUUAUCACUGCUUAACCACAUACAGGAGGAAAACAUAAACAUGAGUAAUAAUUCUAUGUAUUUAGUUAUACUAUUUUUGAACAGCCUAUUGCUUAUCAGUAUAUUUAAUUUUAGGACAUAUAAGUUAUUGGUCACUUAAUAUACUGCUAUAUAAAAGUUAAUGUUUAGUUAAAAUCCAGGCAUUUACUGCAGUUCCUAAAACAUAGUCUAUGCUCUCUAUUAUUUGAGAGAUGUAAUCUUUGUUUACUGAACUAUUAACUUGCAAAAAUAUAUUUAGAAAAAGUGGAAACAAUGAGAAAUGAAUGGAAACAUUUCCUGCAGUUUGAAGAUCUAUCUACCUAUCGAUCUAUCUAUCUAUCUAUCUAUCUAUCUAUCAUUACAAUCUCAGAUUUAUUUUGUAAAACAUAAAAUAAAGUUAUAUCGUAAUGAAAAUAUUCCAAUUCAAGUUUUCUGCAAUUUUCCUCUCGUGAUCGUUGAAUAUUUCAUCUAGUUUUUUAUUAAUUCUUCUCACCAUUGUUCAUUGCGAUAAAGUCGAAUCUACAAUGAAUCGGAAGAGGCCAGAUGCCAUUGCAGACAACACGGGACUUCUUGAAAUCAGAAAUAUCAUAAAAAGGACGGGAUACAACUCUCUAAUUCUUGGUCUGUGUAUUCACACGAUGCUAGCAAGUGUGGUGGGGUUUGAUGGUGACUUCAUGUUUUGGAAAUGUUUCAAUUUACAACAUGACUUUUAGUACAAUGUUAUGGAAUAGUUAUGCAGAUAUGUCUAUGAUUUACCCAACAGAUGAAUCAAAGGACAAUUUAUCUUUCUAUUGCCCAAAGGGGUAUUUUUCUUGUGGAGAUGGAAACUGUUUGCUGUGGAACAAAGUUUGUGACUUCACUCCUGAUUGUUCAAAUGAUGCUGAUGAAUUAUCAUGCUGUAAGUUACAGUAUACCUUUAAUGACGUUUUCACGUUAGAAAUCAUUACUGUAUGCUGAACAGAAUAUUAGCUUUUGCAGAGAGAUUAAAAAAGGAUCUGUCUUAGCAGAGAGAUUCAAGGGGAUCUCUUUUGCCGAGAGAUUAAAGAGGAUCUGUCUACACAGCAGUUAAUUUGUCCAGAGUUAUUUUCUACAGUAGGAUUUUUUUUUUUUUUUUAUUCAAAGUGAAUGCAAAGUAAAUAACAAAUUUCAAGAAAAAUGAAAAUCAUAACUAAAAUAAUUACUGAACUGGCAUGGAUAUUUUUUCCAGUUUAGCAAUAUUUGUCUAAAAUUUGAAUUUCACUUUUAAUUAGCUUUAAAAGUCCUAAUAAUUCACAGUAUGGUAACUAUGUAAAUUUGAGCUAUAUCUGGAUUUAAAUAAAAUACAAGGCUGUGUUGACACAGUCUGACAGUAAAAUGGACACUAUAGUCACCAGAACAACUACAGCUUAAUGGGAAAGCAUUGGAUUGGCUAAAAAUCACAAAUUAUGAUGAUGCCACCAAGGAGGUGGAUCGAGGGCAGCACAAUAAGGGGAAAUAAGGUGAGUUUUAACCCCUUCUAAGGAGACUAAGAGGGGACAAGCCACCUAAAUGUUGGUUUUAACACUAUAGGGUCAGGAAUACAUGUUUGCGUUCCUGACCCUAUAGUAUUAUUUUAAUGGAUGUCCAGUUAAAGGGCUAUUCGCAUGUAUGUAAUGAUCAAGGAGUUUAUAGCUGUAUCAAUGCUGUAUCAAUGGGAUUUUCUACCUUAUUUGAAAAAAGUUAUGGGAUUUGUUAUCUGUUAUCUGUUAGGAAUUGUAAAUACUUUCCUGCAAAAGUAAAAUUUGCCAAAGGUGGAAUUUUAAUAACUUAUUUACUGUAUUUACACACUUUUCAGCUGCUAAAUGUGACUUUGAAAAUCAUAUGUGUGGUUGGUACGAAAGGUUUUAUGACAACUCGUUUGAUUGGAUAAGAGGGUCAAGUAGCAAUCUGUCACCUGACUAUCAGAAACAAGCUCCACCACAGGAUCACACCAUGAAUAAAACAGAGGGUAAAAUACAAUCAUGAAAAGUGUACGCAGCAUGUCCAAAUUACUUACAUCUUUAUCUGAAUAGCACAAGUAAUACAGAAUUGUAUGGUGUCAUGUGUUUUAUUUUGUAUAGCAAAACAUACACUGAUCAGCCACAAUAUUAAAACAACCUGCCUAACAUCAUGUAGGUUCCCCUCAUGCCUUAAAACAGUUCUGACACGUUGAGGCAUGGACUCUACAAAACCUCCUUUAAGUCCUGCUAGUUGUUAGGUGGGACCUCCAUGGAUCAGGUUGGUUGUUCCAACACAAAAAAACAAAAUUAGUAGGUGCACAAACAAUGUUGGAGAUAGCAGUGUAAAAGAAGUGACAAUCAGAACGUAAAAUAUGCAAAUUGCAAACCAAAAAGAGCUCAAUAUACGUGAGGAAGAAAUUUGUACAACCAGAAUAAAAAUCACACUGUGAUAGAGUGGAAGAAAUGAUGUGACAAACAAAUGUAUACUUGCACUCUUCCUUACUAGCAGGUCUCACUGAUCUAAAAUAUAUAAAAAUAAAACACAGACCUAGUGCAACAUUGUCAAAAUAUAAUCUGUUAUGUGGAACUCUGUAAGAAAUUAACUCACAAUUAUGGAGUGGUUAUAGUACCACUCCAAACUAUCAGGCACAGGGAGGAUCAGACCCUUGUGAACGUUGGAUCCAGACGUGGGUAAUCACACAAACUCACCAUCAGCCGAAGACGUGAAGUAAAAUACUUUAUUUACACAAAAAACACAUGUUAAAGUAAAAAGGAUAGUUCUCACUGUACUGGAGCAGAUCAAAGUCCUGGGAAUUAGUAGAUUAACAGACCGAGUUUCGUCUUUCUCCAAGAUGCUUAAUUGUAUUGAGAUCUAGGGAAUUUUGAGGCUAAGGCAACAACUUGAACUCUUUGUCAUGUUCCUUAAACCAUUCCUGAACAAUUUUUGCAGUGUGGCAAGAUGCAUUAUCCUGCUGAAAGAGGCCACUGACAUCAGGGAACAUCAUUGGCAUGAAGGGGUAUACGUGGCCUGCAACAAUCUGUAGAUAGGUGGUACAUGUCAAAGUAACAUCCACAUGAAUGCCAGGACCCAUGGUUUCCCAGUAGAACAUUUCUGUCAUGGCCAGAAUUACGUUUUACAGUAGCUCUUCUGUAACCGGUCCAGACUGGCUAGCCUUCACUCCCCACAUGCAUCUAUGAGCCUUGGGUCCCAUGAGCCGAUGCCGGUUCCCCAGUGGUUCUUCCUUACACCACUUUUGGUAAGUAUUAACCAUUGCACCCUGGGAAUACCCCACAAGACUUGCCGUUUUGGAGUUGCUCUGACACAGUCAUCUAGCCAUCACUAUUUGGCCCUCAUCAAAGUCACUUACAUCUUUUUGCCUGCCCAUUUUUCCUUCUUAAAACACAUGAAGUUCAAAAACUGACUGUUCACUUGCUGCCUAAUACAUCCCACCCCUUAACAGGUGCCAUUGUAACUAUAUAAUCAAUGUUAUUUACUUCUCGUGUCAGUGGUUUUAAUAUUGUGGUUGAUAUACAAUGUAUAUGUAUAUAUAUUGCAUUUGUAAUAUAAUGGUUAAAGGUAAUCCCUCCCUAGUGCAUGAGUGGCAAUUUCCCCUCAGUCCUUUUUAAAAUGUAUAUUUUAUCCUACAGCUUGACUAAUUUUGGUAUAUCAUGCAGAUUAAAGAAUCUGCCUAAAACCGCUAUACUAAAAGCAACGUUGAUUCUUUACACUCUUAUUUUUGGUAUCAAGUGUUUUAUUUUUACUCUCUUUUUUUGUAGCAAGCUGUAUUUAAUCCUAUGUUGCUUUAAUUUUUUCAUUUUAUUAUACAUUUUUGGACAUCUCCUGCAUAAUUAGGCAAAUCGAAAGAUGCUCAGCAGCCUUAAUAAACCCAUUUCAUCUAGCUACUGUAACGUUUACACUUUUCUGCAUAUUGAAUAAGGAUGGUCAAUUCUCAGAAAUAAUAACUGCACAUUUAUAUAUUACAUUUAGUGUCCCAAUAGCUGUAUUUAUCUGUUUUACAUAACUCUUGGAUAAUGAUAGUAGAAACAAGAACAUAUAGAUGAAUGAAGUACUAAUCUCCUUUUUUCCAUUAAAAAUAAAAAAAGGAGUCCUUUGAUGAUUUUCACUUUUACUUCCCAUCAAAGUAAGCAAGUGUUAAACAACAUGCAAUAUUUAUAAAGGUGUAGAUAGAACGUGAUCAAUUGCUAAGAUAGCCUUCAAAGACUGGUUACCUGUUCAAAUAAGUUUACUUUUCUAUGCAUGUAUUUUUAAGGUCAUUUUAUGUUCCUUCGGAAAAAGAAUAAUUUGAAUUCACUCGUUGCGGAGCUAAGAAGUCCGAGAUUCAGCCAAGCAGCGUCAGGUUGCACAAUGACCUUCUGGUAAGGGUAUUCUCUGUAGAUGAUUUUGAUUCAUUAUUUGGGUUGUGGGAACAAAAGUAAUCUUCUAUUUCAUUUCUUCAGCUUAGAAUGUCAAAGAAAAAGCACAUCUAAAAAAUAUAAAAAAAAUAUAUAAAAAUUAUGAUGUUAUUACAUGAUAUAUUCUGAAAUAAAAUAUUAAAAAAUAAAAUAACAAAAAUGCCUAAAUACAGUAUGAGAAGAUCUGCGAACAACCUGUUUGAAUUGCAAGCUUGGUUUCUGGCAAAAUCAACUCAGUUUUUGACCUUUCUUUGGCCAAUAUAGGGAGUACCAGUCUUUUGGAUAUUACCAAUACUAGAUUUAAGUAAACUAAAAGUAUCCUGCCUGGUUAAAUAAUUCAAUAAUAUUUUUACAAUUUUAAUAAGGUUCUCUUUUUAUUGCAUUCAUUAACUCUAUUAAGUUUGUUGUUUGAUGUCAUUAAAUAAAGUCCAUUCGUUUUACAGUUCUCUAAACAUUGCCAUUUCUAAUUAGUUUCUUAAUUCCAGGUAUUAUAACUAUGGAUCAUCCGUCGGAACUUCAGAAAUGCAUUUGCAUGUGGAUAGUCAGAAAAUACCCACCAUAGUGUGGAAGACUUACUAUGAUCAGGGAUAUCAGUGGAUGAAGGCCUUCAUUCAGCUUGAUCGGCUUUCAGAACCGUUUCAGUUAUCGUUGGAUAAAAGGAAUCUUGAGCACUAUAAUGGAGUGUCAGCAAUUGACGACAUUGUAUUUGAGAACUGUUCGCUUCCUCCUCCUGCAGCAGAAUGUGAAGGGCCUGAUGUUUUCUGGUGUAAACAUACCAAAGCUUGCAUAAGCAACCUAUUGGUGUGUGACCUUAUUGAUGAUUGUGGAGAUGCGUCUGAUGAAGUCAAUUGCUGUAAGUUCUUUUUUGACAAAAUUCUAAAGAUUACUUUCAGAAGAAAUAUUAGUGAAAAUUGUGCUUAAUAACAUUUUUUAAUAUUUAUGUUGAGACACAAAACUCACCUGAAGUAAUAUAUUCACACGUUAUCACCCAUUUUAUUAUUGUUGUUACUUCAAUGGUCAAUUAUGUUUUACAGUCUUGUGGCGUCUUCUCAGGGGCUCAUACACACAUGGGGACAGAAUCGCACUGUAACUCACACUAGUCUCAUGCAACACAGUAAACAACUCCUCUUAACCUCUACAUUACCCUAACUCUUAUAGUACGUUACCACUAAUGCAAACCUUAGCUCUAGCCAUAACAAUAAUCCAGUGCAUAAAGUUUAUCCUGACACAAACCAUAACGCCAUCUCUAACACAUUAACCCUUAAUAGUCUUAAUAUGUCAUGUAAUCUAAAAGAUGCAGAACUGUUAGGCCGUCGAUGGGUUCUAGAGACAUAUGUAAAACACCAAACCUUUGUUUUUGUGAUAUGGUAUAUUGUAGUCCAUAAGAAAAUCUCCAUUGGGAGAAUAGGGAGAGUCCAGCAAAACAUAUCCAUCAAAAUUGUGGGUAAAUCAUCUAGUUGCACCCUUACCUGGAUAUUAUUAUGUCUGGUUUAGGAGAUCCUUUCUGGUAGUUUUUAUUUGUUCAAUAAAUAUCUCUUAAGAGAUUGUCCUCUUAGAACAAUGGUUCCUAACCUUUUUUGACUUGAGUACCCCUUGGCAGACCAUUUCCAUAAAUUGUAUCCCUAUAUUAGCAAAAUGUUUGUAAUUAAUAUAGUUGCUAUUAUUUCAAAUGUAUAUGUUUUUUUCCCUGCAAAUUUCCCCUUUUUUUAUGCCUGCUGUUCCUCUGACAGUGGGUGUGGGAGUGUGACUGUGUGGGGGCAGUGUGUGGGAGGGUGACAUUGUGGGGGCGCAAUGUGUGGAUAGUGUGGGAGGGCAUGCAACAGUGUGGGAAAAGUGCGUGACAGUGUGGGGGGAGGACAGGUGACAGAGCGUGGGGGCACUGUUUGGGGAGGGUGUCAGUGUCGGGGAGUGGGGUGACAGUGUGUCAAAAGGGGAUUGUGGGGGGUCAUUAUGUGGGGAGGGCAGUUGGGGGGACAGUGUGUGGAGAGGAGGACAGUGUGGAAGGAGAACAGGUGACAGUAUGUGGGGGUAGUGUUUAGGGAAGGUGACAGUGUGGGGGAGGACAGGUGUAAGUGUGUGAGAAGGUUGACAGUGUGUGGGGAUGUUGGUGACAGUUUGGGGAGGUUUAUUACAGUGUGAGGGAGGGGGUGACAAUGUGGCUGUGUGUGACAGUGUGGGAGGGGGACAGGUGAAAGUGGGGGGGCAGUGUGUGGGGAGGGUGACAGUGUGGCAUAACAUUGUGAGGAGGGCAGAGGGCAAUGUGGGUGAGGACAGGUGACAGUGUGGGAAGGGGUGACAGUGUGUGGGGAUGGCAGGUACCAGUGUGAGGGGAGUUAGGUGACAGUGUGGAGUGAGGGGACUGAAAGUGUGGAGAGGACACGUGACAGUGUGUGGGGGCAGUGUGUGGGAGGGUGGCAGUGUGGGAGCUGGAAGGAGGAUGGGUGACAGUAUGGGUGUUAGUGUUGGGGCAGAGUGUGGAAAGAGGACAAGUGUCAGGUGUGGGAGCGAGACAAUGGAGAGGGGGCAUUGACAGUGUGGGUGGGAGACAACGGAGAGGGGGGCAGAGACAGUUUGGGAGGGUGACAGUGUGGAGGGGGGCAGUGACUGUGUAGGAGGGAGACAGUAUGGAGGGGGCAGUGACAGUCUGGGAAGGAGACAGUGGGUACGGGACAGUUGCAGUGGGGAGGGGGCAGUGACAGUGUGGGAGGGAGACAGUGGGGAGGAGGGAGGGACAGUGGGGAGGAGGGAUGCAGUGACAGCGUGGAAGGGUGGUAGUAGGGAGGAGGGCAGUGUGGGAGGGUGACAGUUGAAAGUGGGCAGUAACAGUGUGGAAGGAUGACAGUGAGGAAAGAGAUAGUGGCGGGGGCAGUAAUAGUUUGGGAGGGAGACAGUGGGGAGAGUGACAGUGGGAAGGGGCAAAGUGACAGUAUGGAAGGAUGACAGGAGGAAGGGGGGCAGUGACAGGAUGGGAGGGAGACAGUGGGGAGGGCAGUUGGGGGGACAGUGUGUGGGGAGGAGGACAGCGUUGAAGGAGAAUGCUGUUAAAAGAUACUUAUCUACGUUUCAUUUCUUUACAUCCUUUGACUAAGCUCCCCUGUUAGUGAAUAAAAGUAUAGAAUAAUCAAUGAGGGAAAUAUUUAGUAAUUAUUUUGCAUUUUAGAUCCUUCAUGCCAUGACUGUCAUGAUAUUAUAUGAUUUGAAUAUUCCCUUAUCCUGACGAUUUGUCCAGUUUGCCUUUGCACUCAGUAAACAGCUCCAUUUCAGCAAAAACGCUGUAAAUACAAACCUACAAUUAAUAUUGCAAAACCAGAUAGUGCUUUAUUUACAAAUUAUGAAUGAAAUCGAACUCGUUUUAUUCAUGUCAGUAGUAUCAUCUAUAGAAAAUAACAGAUAGAUGUAGUGAAGAAUUUAAAAUAUUCACCAAGGUUGUGACACUAUAGGAUUUGUUUAUUUAUAAUUUGCCACCAUUCUCAACUGUACUGCAGCAUACAAACCCAAACAUACAAAGGGAAUAUUUACGAUCACUAGACUAUACAUAUUUAAACAUAGCUAUUUUAUACUGAAAAACUAUAUCUCACAGCAGAAGCUGCUAUUGAGCAUGCAGCAAGAACGAAAAAUCUGUUUCUAAACAGCAUGCAACCAUGUUCAUUAGGCUCAUUCCACUGCUUAUUAACUUUCAAAUGAUUUUUGGAAAGAUUUUUCUUUCCUCCUGAAUUUAGGACAUGUGAUACUUAUAAUUAAUUGGAGACUGAGUGAACUUAAAUUAACCUCCUUCUGUGAUAAUGUAAUUAUGGUGAAUUAAGUAAUUUAGAUCGGAAAUGCAAAAUGAAUAUUGAGUGCCCUCUUUUAAAAUCCUUGAUUCUUAACGCCCUACAAUAAGCUGGAAUAAUGUAACAAUAUUUUGCUAAUGAUUUCGAAGACUAGCACACUUACAAACGAUUGCUAAGAAGUGUAGUUUUAAAUGCGCAGUAGUUUUCAAUAUUAUUGUACAGACAAAAGGAGCUUACAUAUUAUAUUUUUGAUAAUUUAAUAUUUUGCAGAUAUCAUUUUAAAAGUGUAUACAAAUUUUUUUAAAGCUUAUUUAAUAAUAUUAAAUUGAGGCUGAAAUCAGGACUGUUGCUCUUGAUACAAGAUGCUUGGGAGGUCUUACGUCAGCCAUGCAAAAAAGCAAGAAAGAUGAUCACAUUACACUUUGCAUGCUUAUUCCUUACAAGCCGUAAACAUGUUCUGUCAAGUAGAAUUUACUUAUCUAAAACGGAAGGAUGGUAGUUUUAGCUUACCAACAUGGAUUAUUAAUCUUUAAUGAUAAAUAAAUUGAAAAACUCCCAAAGAUGUAAUAUUAAGUUGGACGUGUUAAUCACGGUAGUUUCAGUUACAAUAGUCACAUUUGCUAAUUUGAAGCAGUUUAUAGCUAGCUCUUGUAUGGUUAAGCUUUAAACACAGAUCCUCCCCAGCCAUCUAUCUCAGGAGUCUUUAAAAAACCAAAACCUGUAUUUAUGCACUCUAAACAUUUUAAUAUUUUUUUUUUCCUAUGGAAAGCUAUGUUUGGAUAUUUGUAAUUUUUUGCUAAAAAUUAGCACGCUACAAAUACACAUAGCGCUAUAAUAAAUAUACAUACUUGGUGUAUUCUUUCUUUUUAGUACCUGAAUUACAGUGUAACUUUGAAGGUGGACUUUGUAAUUGGGUUCAAGAUUUGGAAGAUGAUUUUGACUGGACAAUAAAUCAAGGCUCAACACCAACACUUGAUACAGGUCCCAUGAAAGAUCAUACUUUUGGGACAGCAAAAGGACAUUACUUCUACAUAGAGACUUCGGAGCCGCAAGUAUACCGGAAUCAAGCUGUUAUAUUAAGUCCGAUCAUAGAGGCCACAGUUAAUAACGGCAACAAAACUUGUAUUUUCCGCUUCUUCUAUCACAUGUACGGGAGGCAAAUGUAUUCCCUGGCAAUCCACAAAAGGAUAAUGAAGAACAGUAGAGGACAAUUAUUAUGGCAAGUAUUUGGAAACAAAGGGAACAGAUGGCUUAAAAAAAUUCUGUAUAUAAACAGCUCACAACCAUUCCAGGUAUGAAUGCACAAUAUAAAAAUGUAAUUAAAAAAAAAAAAAGUAUUCCUAAACCAUAUUACAAAAUUGUUUGUUGCAUAUUCUUAAUAUUAUUUGACUUUAGUUUCUGUUUAUAGUGUAUAGUGUGUAUGCACCAAGCAACAGAUAAGUCAAGACAGAGAUAUAUUGAUGUUAUGAAACAAGUAUUUGAAAAACUUACAAUCUAAAAAGGGAUAUGAAACAAAAAUCACAACUAGCAAAGAAUGUGUGUAAAAUUGCCGAAAUAAUCAAAAUAACACUUGGGGACACACUCGGUCUAGAUUUCUAUAAGAAUGUCUCGACCUCUUUAAAUAGUUUUAUUUAGAAUGUGUUAAGGAACGAAGAGAAUCAGAAAUUAUGUGGAAGAUCAAAAGCUAGGGGGCAGUUUCAGUAAUGUUUGUAUGUGGCAGAAACACGUUCUGAUAAGAGAGAGGAAAAGCCCUUGGUUGCGGGAACAACAAAAGGGCUGCUUCGGGAAGUGCUCUGCAUAAAAGGGAAUAGAUGUAGAGAUCAGUAUGGCGGGGCAUAGAAAAUGAGGUCAAGAUUUUAUUCUUUCUAGACUUCACAGGAAGUCUCCGUAGGGUUUCUCAAAUUGUUUUAGUAGAAGGAAAAUGAGCUGAAUAGCAGAAUUUUGAUUAGGUUUAACAUGAGUCAAAUGGUCCAAUGAAAAAAGGGGCCAGCUAUCAUUCUCACAGUAUGCGCACACACACACACUUUCAGUUGCUUAUCUAGACAACAGUGAUGCAAGACUGAUUUGACUGAGUCCACUUUAGUGUUUCUCCUAAUGACACAUUGAUAGAGUUAGGGAAACUUCCAUGCUUAGGGUAGAAUGAUGUAGACGGAGUCAGUGUCACAGAACCAGCUUGAUAUUAUUCCAGGCUCUGUUCUAUAGUGUAGUCAGAGUCUAUUUCACAUUACCAACUCAAUCUUCAUUUCAACUUGUCAUGGGAUAUAGAUAGGUUCUCUCAAACACAAGCAGUUUAAUCUCAACUUUCCUUUUUUGUAAUAUAGAUUGAUGAACAUAUUCUCGCACUGCCACAUAUCUAUAUCCAUUUCUAAUCUUUAUAUAUUAUAAUAGCCUUCUAUAUUCAGGAUGUUGUCCUGUUUUACCCUGAGGAAAGUCCAGAGCGGGGACUGAAACGUUGGUCUCUUAUUUUAAACUGAACUAAAUAAAGCAUUGGAAUUUUAAAGUCCAGUGAGUGGCUAUCCUUUGGCACAGAAUAUAUAUAUAUAUAUGUGCAUGGAUAUUAAAUUUAAUCAUGUGGGGUUAAAGCAGAAUUAGCGAGAUACAUUUCAUUGAGCCUUGUCUUGGCAUUCUUUAUAAAGAUAAUUAGACCAUAUGUGCUAGGUCAAUAUGUGGCUUCAAUACAAACAUCCAAAGUAAUCUUCUUUUUACAUAAUUAAUUAGUGAUACAAAACAAUAUUACUCCAGGUGCAUAUUUUAAGGGGAACUUAUAGUUCACUAUUUAGUCACUUUGUUGGGAAGAAGACUAAAGUAAUCCAUACCAUUAUGUUUGAGUCAUGUUACCACAGUUCUCCCCAAUCAUGCAUUUCUUCAUGAAAGUUAAUUACUACUAGAGUUACCAGUCAAUUGCACCCCAAAUAGAAAUAACAGGGCCUCAAAUGCAGGUAGAUUUGCUGAUGUGUCGAAUCCUAGAAACCUAGCUCAUUUUGAAUGAUGAGUUAUAGGAAAGUUAGGAAAUUUGCAUAAACCAGCAUCAAGUGCCAUGCUGUGCCUUUGCAUCGAAGAUUAGCUUUGUAAAUAACUGCAUCAAUAUUUCUUAACUCCUGAGUCAAAAUCCAAAACCUUGGUUUUCAUAGGCUGAAAAAAACGUAUACUGUAUUCAACAUCUCCAAGGCAACUGAACACAUUAAAUUGCUUGCUGUAGCUACAUCAUCUGUCUGUCUGUCUCUAUUCAUCUCUCCGUCUGUCUCUCUCUUUUUUUACUAUUUACUAAAAUAGUACAUUAUUAUAAACAAUAAUAUAAUAUCUCACUUUGUUUCCUGAAUUUUCAAAGACAAUUUUUUUUUUACUAAGAAAUUGCAAAUGAAGUGGACACUAAAAUAACCAAGAAUAAAAAAUCCCUACAUUGUUGAGUUGGAAUUCUUUCCUAAUUCAGCUAUUUUCGAAUAAAAAAAAAACAAAAACAAUUCUCUCCAUGUGUUAUAUAUACACGUUUCCAUAGGAUUGAAACACGAUUCAUUCCAAUCAGGGUUUUAUAAAUUAACUUAAUCAAUUCUUAUCACUGUGAAAUGGAAUAUGGAGAAUCCAUUAUUUUUUUCAUGACGUCUUGCAAAUCAGAAUGAUUUCCCUGUAGCUCGUAAUGAUUACUAAAACAGGCUAUAGCAUUAAAUCCCCUGUCAAAAAAUGCAUUCUUCGUCGAUCUAGAGAAAUGUAGUGCUAUUUGUCCUUAUUUAAUUUUGAAAUAAGAUGUGAAAUGAACUUCAUGGUAGCGGCAAUCCCUUGAGAUUGUCAAAUAUUAACAUACAAGGUUUUCUUCAAAUGGCAAUUCAUUGAAUGAUGGUCAACACAUUUGUACCUCUGAAAUCCAAUUACAGAGAUUUACUGAGAGCCUAAAAAUAUACAAAAAGUAGAUUCGAAAUUGACCCUGUUGGUAAAUUUGCAGAUUCAGUGUUGCAGAACAGCAAAGUACCAUUGGGAUCAGCUUUGUAACUAACAUUUUUAAAUUGAGACAGUGGACAUUUCAGCUUGUAUUCCAUCCAAGCUUACAACACAUACAUGCUAUCUCUUGAUAUAUACUUUUAUCUUUCAAAAUUGUAAUAUAAACUGGACAUUGGACACUUUUCCCUAUAUAAACUAGCACAAAAAAAACAGUCCUAUACAUGUACAGAACCAAGAAAAAUUCCAGUGAAAAUGAAAUAAUAGAUACCUUAAAGAACCAACGUUUUCACAUGCUGAAAUAAUGAUGCUGCAAAAGUCAUAUUGGUAAGAAGAGGGUUCUCCUCAUUCUGGUUUUAUUAAUUUGUAAUGCCAAUGGUUGGACUAGAGUGAACUAUUGAACUAACACUGGUUAGAUUCACUCUGACAUUUUGUCUUUUGCUUACCCCUCUUCCUCACUCCAAAUAAAUACCGUUGCAAUACACCCACUUUCUUUGGGGUGAAGGUGUGAAUUAUGUUGAAGCAACAUGACGGGAAGAGGCAAGUUCUAUUGGACCACCAAAUAAAAUAUUUACCUUCUCCUGACCUAAGAAUAUUGAAUAUAAGUAACCAUUUGCACUGAAACAUCUUGGUCAUUUUAUAUAUCCCACGUACAAAGACCCCGGUUUCACUCUUCCCAUAUAGAUACUAUAGAAGGACAAUCCUUACUUUGAAACAAUAAUUUUGCUUCUCUCACAUAGACACAUGAGAUUAAAGGCUGUGUUAGAUGUUGUGAAAAACCAAAUGUGGAUAGUGAAAAAACUGACCCUCAAAGUAGUGCAGGCAAGCCACUAUAUAUAGGGAUGCACUCCCUGUAUCCCUUAACCAAAUGUGCAAAAAACAAAACUGUAUAUACUAUACAGAAAUAGGGCGCCACUUAUCACCAAAUAUAAAAACUGGAUAUAAUUACCCUCCAGCGAAUGAAUGGGAAUAUUCACAUAAAAGAUAUAAAAAGAGAAAACAUCAUAGUGCAAACUUUUAAUUCCAAAGUGAUAAAAACACAUAAAUUAAAACACUCACAAACGAUGUGGCACAAUUGACAAAAUCAAUGUGUGCUAAAAUGCUGAUGCAAAAUAGAUAAAAUAGGCUAAAUCUCCCGGUCUAGCAGUCUGUGGAGGUCUUUGCAAAAACGCGUUUCGUCUAUUCCUGUUCAGACUUCUUCAGGAGCGUAUCCGGAACCUUCUCUAUUCGGCAUUUAAAUAUACCGGGUAG